UGUGGGCAAAGUAGUGCCACACACUCUGCACUGGUAACCCUUGUCCUGGACAGUUUUGCUUGACUUCUCAACAGCUUUCAUAAUGAUCAACUAUGAAGUCCUUCUGAGCCACCUGGCUGAGAUAGGAUGGGGGCAUAUUGCUCUGUGGCGAUUCUGGUUCUUCCUAAUGAACAAGCCUCAGAAAAAGGUCCUGAUGGACCAUUGCUGAACCCCAUGGGCAUUGGACAUGUUUCACACCAUGCAGUUCUUCCCUUUCCCAUGGUUGUGAUGGAUCAUCACGGUUCUCUUUUCAUGAGUGUGGUAGAUAUAAUGUGCAUUUUUGCACAUUAAAGUAAAACCAUACCGGAGCCUCCCUCUAGCUAUUUGGGAAUGUUAGAAAACGGAAGAGAGCCAUUUAAAACGUCAAAUAAACAUUCCGGCUGGCAGAAAGAAGCUUUACAUUCACAAUAGUUUACAUUCACAAAAGGUGCGUUUAAAGUAACUUCUCAAAAUCCCCUCGACGGAUUUGUCGUCUCAGCAUUCUCGCAGAAGUCCCAUUCCCACGGGCUCUUUUCCAAAAAAAAGAAAGAAAGAGGUGUGCCAAGGUUUGAAAGCCACCUACCCUCUUCUCUCUCUGCCUAGGAAGCAGUGCCCUAGUUACACGCACGCCCAACAUAACCCACCCAGUAAGCGCGCAUUCUGCACGUGCUCUUGCCCCGUGGGCGUUUCAACCUCCACGCCUCUGGGAUUUAAGGAGGCAAUUAGUCCUAUACGCCAGGAAAACGUCCCCGCCAUCGGCGGCGGCGUUGCCUCCUCUUUCCCUCAGCUACUGCAGGGCGCGCCUGCUCUAGGUCGGCCGGGACGAAGAAGCCAAGGCCGGGCGGUGUGGGGAAACGAGGCAGGGGAUUUCCUCUUUCGGCUCCUCCCGCUCCCAUUUCCCCCACCCGUCCUGGAAAGGCCAGGCCAGGUUUCUUCUCCCUCUCUCGUUUCUGAGGAGAAACUCCUCUGAGGCGGCAGGAGGAGGACGAGGGCGCCCUUCGCUUCAGGCAACCGCAGCAGCAGCAGCAGCCGCUCCCCCGGGAGGAGGAGCAGGCUCUCGGGCCCAGCGCCGAGCUCCUCCCCGCGGGGCGGGCGUUGGCGGAGGGCGCCCCCUUCGCCUUGCCGCCGGCGACGGCGAGUGGACGGGCGGCGGGGUCCCGCGGCGGCGGCGGCGGAGCGGGCGAUGUGACCCCUGGCGGCGGAGGGGCUUGGCCGGCGUCAAGAUGUGGCUGAAGCCCGAGGAGGUGCUGCUGAAAAACGCCCUGAAGCUGUGGGUCACGCAGAAGAGCAGCGGCUACUUCGUGCUGCAGCGGCGGCGGGGCCACGGAGGCGGCGGCGGGCGCUUCACCGGUAAACGGCGGGAGAGGGGCUUGGCCGGGGCUGGAAGCGGGCCGCGACCCCCGCCGGGAAAGCUCGUCUACAGGUCGGCAGGCGUGGAAGUGCGAGCCGCCCUUCGCCUUCCCAAGCCCUCCGGGGGGAAAGGAGUGGGUCUGUCGUGGCCGCGAUAUUAUUAUUAGCCUCCAGGAGGAUCCCUCUCCAGACCUCCCCGAAAGUGGGGACUCUCUCUCUUUGUUGCUUUUCUUUUAUACUUCUGUCGUCUUUUGACUCCUUGGUCGGGACUGAGGAAGAGGAGGAAGUAACUCCCAUAGUGUGAGGGGGCACCCCCUACCUUGAUGGACUGGGUGGAGGAGCUUUUGCUGCUGCCCUGCACCCUGAGGUGGGGGGAAGGAGAUGGACCGGGGGGGGGGGGAGAAACCAGGCUCUUUGUUCAGGGACAACCUGAAUUCUUACCUCUGCCCCCCCUCCCCGGCUGUGGAUUGCAAAUAGUCACUUUUCCCCACACCUUAUAGUUGGAAAAAGUCACUGUGGAGUAGAGGAAGGAGCUGUAACCUGCGUGCAGAUAGAAGCUCCCCUUGCCCAUAUUUUGUUUUUUUGCUAAGCCUCUUGGCGUAUGAUAAAAGGUUUCUGUCCUCUGAACAAAUCCAUUGUUUUCAGAGUGGGAUUCAACUCGAGUUUUUUGUUCAGGUGCCUGCGGCAGCUGUUGUUAAUGGGGGAGAAAGAAGGAAAUCCGAUAGAGAGGGAAAACGUGGAAGAGCUUAGCCUGAGCCCAUGAGAUGCUGGAUUUUACCAGUUUGCCAAGAUAAGAUAUGUAGAAUAAGAAGGCAGUGGAAGGCUAUAUUUAAGACAGACUGCGGCUUGAAACAAAAAUACGUGACAUUUUGAAAAGAGCUCUGCAUUUAGGACUCUCCAUAUGGAACAGCAUGGGCAGGGCUGUAUAUAUUGUGUAUAAGGUUUUAAAGCAGUGCUUCAUUUGGUAUUUAGAACACAAUGAUGUCCAUAAAUAAGCUAAUAAGCAUUGUUUUAUUUGAGCUAAUUUAAUGGUGGCAUAAUAGAAAAGACGAAUACUGUAGUAAAAACAAAACAUGAAGGACAUUUUUCCAUAUGGGACAGAUUAUUUGGGAAAGGGAGGGGAAUCAUAAGUUGGAGAGUGAAAUGAGUGCCCCCAAAGUCUUAAUUAUUGCUUAAUUAUCCCUUGAGUGUGUAAAUCAGGGAUGGGGAAGCCGUGACCCUCUAGACUCAACUAGACAUUGUGGGUCUACAUCUCCUGUCAUCCCUGACCUAGGCAGAGUUGCCUAGGGCUUGAUGAGAGUUGCAAGUCCAACAGAAUUUGGAGGGCCACAGGUGUUGAUAAACAGUAGGGCUGCAGUCCUGUCCAUUUUCAAGUGAAUAGUAAGUUCCCUUUAUCCCAACGGAACUUACUUCUGAGCAGACAAAUAUUGGAUUGCAUUGUAAGACACUCAUAAAACUUCUGGUGAAUUCAUUCAGCAGUACAUUUCUGCUGUACAAUUAUGUAGGCUAAUAUUAUAAACUCUGCUGGCAUGUUUAAUUAUGUUGACAUUUCUGUUAAUAUAUUGGUGCUUUGGAAGAUAAUGGCCUACUGGUUUUCCUUCUGAAAGUCCCUUAGAUUUUCCACUAUUGGGUAACUACAGGCACAAUUCCAGUACAGAAUGCCUGUGUAGCAAUCAGGCAAGAUAAGUAUUUCUAACCUUGAAGCGCCAGUACAACUUUUUCAGGAAACCAAGCAAUUAUGCUUCUGGGACUUUCUUCACAUUUGAGUACAGUAGUACCUCAGUUUACGAACUUAAUCUGUUCCAGAAGUCCGUUCUUAAACCGAAACCGUUCUUAAACCAAGGCGCACUUUCUUUAACGAGACCUCCCACCGCCAGUGCCCUUCCACCGUUCGGAUUCAAUUCUUAGACCGAGGUAAAGUUCACAAACCAGGACACUACCUCCAGUUUUGCGGAGUUUGUAAACCGAAUAGUUCGUAAACAGGGUUGUUCUUAAACCGAGGUACCACUGUACUUGUAAUAAUAAGCAGUGCAGAUCAUUUUGUUAUUUUUUUUAAGCAACAGUUGUUAAUAAUAACUUUUAUGGCCCAGUGCAGGUCCAGCCUGUAAUGCAAUCAAAUCACACUGAACAUGCAGCAGGGUAAGUUAGUGCUUUCAAAAUGUGGGGAUGCUAGAAGUCCAAUCUGUCCUACAACAUCUGGGCCUAUAGCUCAGUGGUAGAGUAUCUGCUUUGCAUGCAGAAAGUUGCAGCUUCAGUCCCCAGCAUCUCCAGGGUAGAAUUGGGGAAUGAGCUCUAUCUGAACCCCAGAGAGCCGCUGCCAGUCAGACUAUUGGUGUCCACUUGGUGGGUUAGGAUGCACUACUGGGUUGCAGUCUGAUCUCAGAUGGGCUGCAAUACAGCACUUCCAGCAUACAGAUACAUGGUAAAAAAAAUUGAGAAAUGGGCUCCAAAUGCAUGUUUGGGUUAAAGGUGAGUGCCAGGUCUGAAAAUAUUGAAGACUAUUGGCAUAGACUAGUGGUUUCCACACUUUUCCAACUCUACUAUUCUAGGAUUCUAUUAUUUUCCUCCCAGAGACCUCUUGAAAAUUGCUGAUGGUCUCAGUGGACCACUUGAUGAUUUUUCUGUCUGUUGCAGCAGUUGUAAUGUGCUGCACUAGAUGAUUUUAAAUAGUAUUUUUAUUGCUGCUUUUAUAUCUUACAUAUUGUAAUUUAUUGCAUUGACAUUGACUUUCCAUAGAACUCAAAUUGUAAUGCGAUAAAACACAAUAUUUAAAAAGAAACAAUAAAAAUGUAGAAAUCAAUAUGGAUAUGCUGCAGACCACUGGUGGUCCACGAAUCACAGUCUGGGAGGUAGAUAAUACCAAAAUAGAUGCGCCAGUGGUCUGAGUCAGUCUAGAAUGUUGAACAAGAUGAAAGCAAGUGCCUUACCUAAGGCUACAAAAUAGAAUAGAAGAUACUGUCUGGGCCCUAAAUGCCAUUGGCUGUACCUUUGACCUCACAUUUGCUGUUCAGACUAACAAAACAACACACUUACAGAAGGCAAGCAGUCAAGCCUGAGAGACAAGCCUCUUAAGCAUAAACUGACUACAGAAGAUAGGGUGGCAUUCAACUAAUUUUUACUCGGAGUGGAUCCAUUAAAAUUAAUGAACCUGACUCAAUUAACUCCAUGGAUUUCAAUAUAUCUAUUCUGAAUGAAACUUAGUUAAAUACCGCCCAUAGUUGGGGUCUGAUUACCAAACCCCUAAACAUAAUGUUCUGUACCCACUCCCAACCCAACAUUUACUGCAGUGCCAUGCUCUGAAUUGCUCCUGGACCACAAUCUGCUCCAUCAGAUACAUGAAAUUAAGCUGCACUCCACAUAAUUGAACUGAUGGAAUUCACUGCCUCAGGGUAUGGCAAUGUCCACAAACUAAGAAGGCUUUACAAAAUGAAUAAGAGAUUCUUGGAAAAUAAUGCUUAUUACCUGUGAUAGCUAAAUGGAAUCUCUCUCCAAAGGCAGUAUACAUCUGAAUACUAGAGACGAUCAAAAGGGAAGUUCCUUUGCCUGCUCUUACUUGUGAGCUUCCAGAGACAUCUGGUUGGCCAGAUUCCACUCUAAAUCUAUUUCCUUCCCAGAGCUAAAUGCUGUAUUUCCUUUUCCAACAAAUCCUCUCAUUACUCUUCCCCCUCCCCUAAAGAAAAGGCCAAAAUACCAUCCCUACCACCACUAUUUUCUCCCACUGGUGUUAUACGGAGGCAGCCUAGGAGCUCCAGAUCUCCUACUCCUUUCCCUUGCUUUUAUAUACCAUAAAAAACCAACAAGAAUAGUGUGCAUAUUAGGAUGGUUGGGUGUACUUAAAUUGGGGUUGGGGAAGCUUUGGCCCUUUCAGGUGUUUUUGGGCCCAGCUUUCAUCAACAUCAGCUGGCUUGGCUAAUGUUCAGGGAUGAUGAGAGUCUCCAAUCCGUUACUUAGGUUUGGUCUGAAAUGUGUUGUGCUUAACAGUUUUUAUCUUUGAUUGACUCGAGCCCUUAAUUUUGAGUUGUUAGAAUUUAAGCAUCAAACCUGGUUUUCCAGAGGCACUCAACAUGAUGUAUAUGUGUUUCAUAAUAAAAAGUAUACAGCACUCUGUGGUUUUGAUACCAUUAUAUUGGGUUUACUUGCUGUGUUAGUGAUGAAAUGAAAAGUAGAAACAAGGGAAACGUAAUGUAGAAACAAGAAACAACAGUCUACAUUCAUUGACAUGGGUAAAGCAUAACACAUUUGUAGAAUUUUGAGACACAUUUUUGAUGAAAUGGUGUUUGACAUUAGAAGUCUCAUAAGGCAUGCAUGAGUCAGACUUGAUGUGGACUUUUUGACUUGUUGAACUUUACUAUUGAACUUUUAACUACCAGUGCUCCCAGUAUCUCACUUUCAAAGCUAUGCCUUUGCUUAACCUGUCUGGGAGGUUUUUACUGGUCUCCGUAUUUCACCACGUUCUUUUGCUCUCCCACGGAAUAUACAUAGAAUUUGGUUGUUUGUUCUCUCUUUUCCAUUUGCCCCUUUUAAUUGCUGUGUUAAGAGAGAUUAAUUUUCAGAUCUAAAAAUAGUCUCUCAGCUGCUAGAGACCCUGUCCAAUGACUGAAGUAUCUUAAUAACUGACAAACGUUAUGACUGUGCCACUGAGCCUAAGGGUGUGAAGUUGAAAAAUAAAGUUGCUUUGGUAGAUCAUACUUUUUAGGGUUUUUAUGGAAGCUACUAUAUGGUUUGCGUUAGGCAGUCCAAGUGGGUUUUAGCUUUGUCUUAUCAAAUUGCCCUUUUAUUCUCCAUUUGUUUUCUGUCCCAGAAAGAAAACACUCUCAAAAUAAGAGUCAAAUGAACAAAACAAUGGUAGUGUUCUAGAACAAAAAUAUUUUCCAUCUUUGGCGUUCACUGUGGAAAAGAGUACAUAAUAUUAAUUUAAUGGCAUUCUUUUUUUAUACAGAAGUUUGAGUGAUUAGCAGCACAAUUAUGUGUAUUUACUCAGAAGUACGUUCCACUUGUGCUGCUUAAAUCUAAAUUUGACUGUGAGGAUAUAGAUAAAUAGAACAAAAACAUUAUUUUUAAUCAUCAGUACUAGAAAUCAAUAAAAGGUUAACAUGAAUCCCAGCCAUAAAUAAAUAAUGAAAGCCUCCCCCCCCCCCCCGUUUUAAAUUUUGUUUAUGUACUCAUUAGUUUUGCAGUCUCGUGGAGGGGGGGGGAAUCUUGUCACCUGAUCUCUCCAUAAGUUUAAGUUCAGAAUAACAUGGUGAUUUAGUAAUUCAGCCCGAAUCCUUUGAUUCCUAAACUUCCUUAAUGGCUAAUGUUUCUAGUUUUAUUUAGGUUUGUAAACUUUUCUUGUGUAAAAAUGUCUAUUUAUAGCAUGUGCCUUUUAUUUCAACUGAUCCUUUAGGGAGUUUAUUUCCUUUUUUAUUAUCAUAGGCAUGUCCUUAGCAAUGGAAACAGUUCCACAGAUAAAAUCUAAUACUGAUCAUUACAAAAUGUCAAGAUUCUCCACACCCAAACUGUUGAUUAUAAAUAGUAAUUUAGCCUUAUAGUCUUCAACUUCUCAGACCCAAGACCCACAUUUAAUUCCACUUCACUUUUUUACCAUAUGCCUGGUUUUUCACAUCUUUUUAGGGUGACUAUAUGUAAAAGAAGAUGGGGCUUCUAUGUUUUUAAUAGUAGCACAAAAGGAGGGUUUUUUUGCUGGUUGAGCCUGUUAUGCAGUUGUAAAAAGCCACACCUACCAAAAUACCUUCUACAAAGCUAUUAAAGGUCAAAGAACUUUGUCCUUUGCAUCUCUCUGUCUGUCUGUCUGUCUCUCUCUCUCUCUGUCUGAAGAAGUAUCUGAAGUGUGCAUGCACACAAAAGCUCAUACCAAUAACAAACUUAGUUGGUCUCUAAGGUGCUACUGGAAGGAAUUUUUUAAUUUCGUUUUAAAGAGAAGAAUUUGACAAAUGGUCUAGUCCACUCUCAAACAAUUGUUCUGUCUAAUUAAAUCUCAAGUCUAGAUAAGAAGCAUAAGAAGUCAUUCCGCCCUGCCCCCCGCAGAAAUAAGAUCCUUAGGGACAUUUCUCUGCAUCCAGAACAAUUAGGCUGCAAUUUUAUAAUAUGGUAUAAACUCCAUUGAACCCAAUGGUGCACAUUUCCAAGUAGAUAUGUGUAGGAUUGUGCUGUUGGAAGCAAUAUUGCUGCCAGCAAAGGAAAGGUAUUUUGAUACCAAACACAUUAAAAGGUGUUGUGAGAUGAGAAUAAGCAAAAUUGGAGAAUUCCAGACAGAGAUACUGCUUUCAGGGGAACACAUGGGAGGAAAGAUGAGAAGUUCAUCACCAUUAUGGUGGUAUAUACCUUUCUUUCAUAAAAUGAAAUAGGCAUAAAAGUAUUUUAGGUCUAAUUAAAAUACUGAUUUAAAAAUUAGGGUGAUGAAGUACCCGUCACAGGGGUUAGGUGUGAUGCCAGCUUGGAAAGUAAACUGCAGUUCCACUUGCAGCUUAUAGUGGAAGAGCAAUAAUUUGAUAGUGAGUAGAGCUAGGAGCCACCAGUCUAGAAGCAGCCUUGAUUCUCUGAUGCUGAUCGACAUGUUAGUUAGUCCAUGUGAAGUUAGUGUGUAUAAAUUGACUUAAAUCCCAGUUCUUGACUUUAAGGUUUGUGCACCUAGUUAUCACAAAAAAGAGACAAGCCUCAAAUAAGCUGCAGCUAGAUAGGAAAUGUUAUUCUACCAGAAUCAACAUUAUUUUAAAAAUCCAAUACAUUUCAAUAAAAUCUUCCUUGGGAGUAGAGGUAUCUUAUAUCUUUCCUUCAGAGAAGGUUAUUUGGGAGGUAUUGCUUUUAGAAAGGAUUUUAUCCUUAUUUUGGAAUGUCAGAUCUUGUUGCUCCCAGGUAACAUUAUAUUGAACAGUGUUGGGCUUUUUUAUUAUCUUGAUUUUGAUAGAGUCAUUUUGUUCUUCCUUGAGAGUUGCCUUCCAUGGUGGUUUCCUUUUCUUAGUGCUUGUGCUUUAUUUUUUCCUCUCCUUACCCUUUCCCAAACUAUAUUAUGUAAUUAUGUCUUUUCCAAGUUGGUGCUACAGUGAUUUGUAGCUAUUAAAAAUAAAGUAGCAUUAUUACAGACUAUUGUUCUGUUUUCUUUGUGUUUCAAAACAUCAAAAACUUAGUUACAACUUAUUACUAUUUUUAUGAAGUUAUUAUACAAGGGAGGACAAUGUGAUACUAUUGGUAGAAAUUGAUUAAAAUAUUUCAAUACGGUCCUAAUUUUCUUAUCAAUGACCCUUUUCAAAAGCUUUAUAAUAUUUUCCUUUCAUCACAGAAAACUAUGCUUACAAAUAACUUUGGAACAUUCAUGGCUUUUCAAAAUGUUAAUUCUAAACCUGUCUGUUACUGGAAUUCAGAGAUGAGAAAAAUUUCCUUAAUCACUCUUUGAUUUGUAUCUUUAACUGUAACAUCUUAAGAGUUAAUACUUACAGUAAUAAGAUCGCCUGUUUUCCUUCACACCUCCACCUGAAGUUGAUAACUUACGAAGUAUAGCUGGGGUGCAAGUUAUAAUACUUUGUCAUCAGCCAAGGCAGCAGUAAGAAACACAGAUAACUAUUCAGAAGGAUACCAAAAUUUCUCAUGUAAUUUUUGUUGGUUUUAGUUUACAUAUAGUGAGACUAGUAGAAAAAGCCACAAGUUUUGCAUACUCUACUAUAAAUAUUUUCUCAGCAAUGCUUCCCAUGAACCACCACCUCCUUUAUGGGAUCCUCUUUUUCCCUUCUCAACCCAGAUACUUCUCUACCACAGGGCUUGCACUGAAGGAAGUAUUGGCGAAAUGUCUAUACUAUAUCUAUUGUACAUGGUGAAUUACUGAAACUAAAUUCAGAAGCAAUAUAGGCCUGUUUUUAAUUUUAUUUCCGCCUUAUCAUUUCUCUCACACUUUAUCUUGGCACUAACAAAAUAAUUAAAUUAGAACUUUGGAAGUUACUAAGUGUUUUGAAAAAUCUGGGUAGUUUCCAUUGCAGGUUUAUCCAAUUUGGGAAUAGGAAUAAUAACCAGGAUGAGUUGCUGGGAGAGACCAGCAGAUUUGGAGUGAUACUUUGCUACUCUAAAGAAAUUCUGUAGCUAUGACUUUGGUUUCAAAGCCAGGGAGAUCACGGAGGUAGUGACUAUUACUUCUUUUUUAUGAAAGAGGUGCAUCUCCCUUGGGAGUGCCCUGUUGUUGUCAUGUAGGUGCUCAGAGAUGCUUAGUUAUACCAUAGUGACAAAGCCAGUCUUCUUCUGCCUUGGAAUGGGGAUCUUCCCUACAGUUGUGCUGGGCUCUCAGGUUGCCUUGCAUAGCUUCUUCCACGGAAUACAUUGAACAAGCAAUUUGUGGUUCACCUAAUUUGGACCUAAGUUGUUUUUUAAAUGUGGAAGUCUUACCCUAAUGCUUCAUAUCCUAUACACUUAGCUGACACAUCUAAAAAGUGAGGUAUGCUUUUAAAAAAAUCCUGGCAUUUGGGUUUUUUUCACUCCCUCCCUCCUUUUAUCCACAGAAAGGCCUUCUCGGUAGUGGAGCCCGCCCACCCUCCCAUCAGAUGUCAAGGAAAUAAGCAACUAUCUGACUUUUAGAAGACAUCUAAAGGCAGCCCUGUUUAGGGAAGUUUUUAAUGUUUGAUUUUUUUCCUGUUUUUAGUCCUCUGUUGGGAGCCGCCCAGAGUGGCUGGGGAAACCCAGCCAGAUGGGUGGGAUAUGAAUAAAAUAUUAUUAUUAUUAUUAGCUGUGAUUCUCUACAUAUGGGACCUUUUUCACAUUUAGCCUGGAAAUAUUGGGGCUAUAACUUCUGUCUUCAGCUUUUUACCUGAAGAGAUCCAAGUAUGACAGCAUAAACUUAAAUUGAAAACAGUGCUAUUAUUGGUCCUUAGAAAAAGUGUUGUGAGGACUUUAAAAACAUCUGUAAGUCCUAGAUCCUAUUAAAACUUUUGUCAUAGUUGUUCCCCACCCCCCAACACACACCCCUUGGUCCAGGCUCUUCAGGGUAUUGUCUUUUGUAAGGUAAAGACUAAGGAAACUGGUUAAACAGGUUUUCUGAAUUCACUGUGUGGCAUUGGAAAGACGGGGGGGCCGAAGACUGCAAGAUUUUGUAACCCUGAAACCUCUUUAGUUACUUGCUCUUAUUUUUCUCUCUCAGUUAUGACUUUCAUAUAGUUGCUUAUCUUUAAUAUUUAAAAAAUGAACGUGCUUUCAAAAUGCAUGGAUAUGCCAAGGUAGAGCGAGGAACGCACAAAUACAGUUAUUACGAAACCAAUAGCAGGAUAUUGGUUUAGCCUGGAAAAGAGGAGACUGAUAGGAGAUAUGCUAGCCAUCUUCUAAUAUCUCAAGGGCCGUCACAUGGGAGAGGGAACAAGCUUGUUUUCUCUUGGUCUGGAGGGUAGGAUUCGGACCAAUGACUUCAAGUUACAAGAAAAGGAGAUUCUGACUAAACAUCAGGAAGCGUUUUCUGACAGUAAGAGCUGUUUGAUAGUGGAAUGGUCUCCCUUGGGAAGUUGUGGGCUCUCCUUCCUUGGAGGGUUUUAAGUAGAGGUUGGAUGGCCAUCUGUCAUGGAUGCUUUAGCCAAAAUUCCUGCAUUGCAGAGGGUGACUAGAUGACCCUUGAGGUCCCUUCCAACUCUACAGUUCUAUAAUUUUGUGAUAUAUCUAUUCAGAUGUCUUCUAGUUGAAGCUGAGAUCAGAGUCGGACUGCCAUUCAGGUUACUUAUUUUAAUUAUUUGUUGCAUUUAUAUCCCACCCUUUUCUCCACGGAGCUCAAGGUGUCUUUCACAGUUCCCUCGCUCUUCAUUUAAUCUUCACAACCGUCCUGUGAGGUAGGUUAGGCUGAGAGGCAAUGGCUGGCUCAAGUUCACCCAGUGAGCUUCAUGGCCGAGUGGGGAAUUGAACCCUGGUCUCCCAAGUCCUAAUCCGACACUCUUAACUACUGUACCACCACUGGUUCUCACCACUGCUUGGGGUGAGACUGCUUGCUAUUGGAUUGAACAUGCAAUUUGCUUAUGGUGAGCAAUAAUAUAAUCAGUUUGUCACACAUGUAUCAACUGUGCCAGUGCACAGAUGACAGGAGUAUCCCUUCCUUUGGGAUAUCCCCUCUUGUAAUUAAGCCCACAAAAGAAAGGGUAAAGGGACCCCUGACAAUUAAGUCCAGUCAUGAACUACUCUGGGGUUGCGGCACUCAUCUCGCUUUACAGGCCGAGGGAGCUGGUGUUUGUCCGCUUCCGCAGACAGUUUUUCCAGGUCAUGUGGUCAGCAUGACUAAGCUGCUUCUGGCGAAACCAGAGCAGCGCACAGAAACGCUGUUUACCUAUUUAUCUACUUGCACUUCGUGCUUUCGAACUGCUGGGUUGGCAGGAGCUGGGACCGAACAACAGGAGCUCACCCCCUUGCAGGGAUUCGAACCACCGACCUUUCGAUUGGCAAGCCCAAGCGACACAGUGGUUUAACCCACAGCGCCACCCACGUCCCCUGCCACAAAUUUACUAUCCUCCAAAAGAAAUUUGUUAGCAUGCCAAGAGGCUCUCAGCCCAUUUCCAUACUGGCUGCAGAGGAGGAAAAGCCCUCUUAGCCGCCGCUGGUUGGUGGGCUGAUUUUUUUUCCAUUGCCUUUUCCCAAGAGGACUGGGAUGAGAGAUCCAUUCUCCUUCACAAGCUCACUGCAUUUCUGUGUUGGUUACAAAGGGAAGGGGCUUUUCUUCCUCUGCCAUUGCCAAAGAAGCCAACUGAAUUGGCAGAUGAAAUGAAGUGAUCUGUUUCUCUUUCACCAGUUCACUCAUUUACCUGCAUUGGAUUCUUGAUCCCCUUUGGCUACCAGGUGGGUGUUUAAUUUGUUGUCUUUAGCUGCUAUUUUCAAAAGGCUAUUGGGUGAAUGUUUUAAGUUUUAACCACCGUGAGUCAGAGGGAGGUUUGUGAGAUUUAUUAACGAUUCCCCUACCUUGCCCCCUAUAAUCCAAGCACUAAAUUGUUCUUUUUCAAAACAAGUACCGUAUUUUUCGUCCUAUAGGGCGCACCGGCCAAUAGGGCGCACCUAGUUUUUUGGGGGGGAAAUAAAGAAAAAAAAAAUUAUUUCCCCCCCCCCCCCAGGCGUGGGGCUGGGGUGGGGGAAGCCCGAGCUUCCCCAGCCCCCAGAACAGGCUGCUAUCCACAAGCCUGGGGAGCCCAGCGGGAACUCCUGCGGGCUCCCCAGGCUUGCGGAUAUCUGCCCGAAGCCCGAGGCGUGCUGCUCAGCACGCCCCGGGCUUCGGGGUGCAGGCUGCUAUCCGCAAGCAUAGGGAGCUCGGCGGGAACUCCCGCGGGCUCCCAAGGCUUGCGGAUAGCUUCCUGAAGCCUGGAGAGCGAGAGGGGUCGGCUCCUCUCGCUCUACAGGCUUCAGCGAAAGCAUGGAUUCGCCCCAUAGGACGCACACACAUUUCCCCUUCAUUUUUGGAGGGGGAAAAGUGCGUCCUAUAGGGCGAAAAAUACAGUACCUUGCUAAAGUGAGUUGAAUGGCAAUGUUGAAAUACCUCUCUGCUACUCAAGAUAAAAUGUCCUCAUGACUGCUUUAUCAUGAGUAUGUUGAAACCCUGGCUAAAGUGAGCACCAUGUCAAAAUUUAAGAAUAUGUGAGUGCUGCAGUUACCUUGACUGUGGUUCAAAGGUAGGUAGGUGUUGUCCACAGGGGAAGAAAGAAGGUUUGUUAAUUAUCUCCUUUAUAUAGAGAAACCACACAAUUUGAGCUGCCUUUCCUUUAAAAUAAUUCUGGCAUUAAAAUAGUAAAGCAUACUUGAUACUGCCUAUGGAGAAUUUGACAAAGUAAGGUUUUGUGGAUUAAAUGUGGUUAGCUAACAUGAGGUGGGGUAGCUGUUUGAAGAGGACAAUUUAAUUACUGGAGGCCUGGAAGCUUCGUUUGGGUUUGGGAACUUUAAAAUCUCAAGUACCGUAUAUUUUAUACUAUGUUCAUAUAUGCAAUUAAUUAUACAAAAAUGUGUGAUUGUCAUAUUUAUGAACUAUAAAUAUAUUUAUGAACUAUAAUGGUCUUAUGAUACUUUCUAUCUACAUAGGAUAAGAAAUAUGAGUAAAGAUACUUUUCAAACUACAGAAUCUAGUAUUUUGAAAGGUGAAUAAAAAAUUAAUGACAUCUUAUCCAACUAAUAUGAUUAUCACAAUCUGUAUCCCUUCACUGGAGUGUGUGUUUAUGUAACUGAGAUUAAAUUGAAUGUAAAAUAGUUAAUGUAGCAGUCUGGGCAGUUUUUUGUUAUUUGAAAUAGACUAAUAUCAUUACCCUGCCAGAAUUUUUUCAAAUAAAAUGUCAAGUGUUCUCGUCACUUUUUUUCCUCAGAAGAGAUACGUUAAAGCCAUAUUUUCCACUAGAACUUUAAUGGCUGAAUUCUUAGAAGAUCGUGUUUAGGGGAAUAAAUGCACAUGGUGUUUCAAUGUCUUUGAAGUCCCUGCUGCUUCACAUAGCUGAAGAAUCAUGUUACUAAAACAGACACACAUAAGACCUUUCUCUGAUCAGCAGAGUGUGUGGCUGAAGUAGAAAUAAUAAAGCUUGGCAAUUUGAAUAUUUGAAAACUACAUUAUCUAUCUGCAAUCCUUGCCUUGCAAUAACCCUGGAAGUCUAAUAAGUAUUAUUAUCCCCCAUAUGGCAAAUAGGGGGCGGAGGGUGUGAGACAGUAACCUGCCCAAGGCCAGCUAAGGGAACAGAAGCACAAAUUGAACUUGGGACUUCCUUAUUGGUAGCUCAGUCUCUAUUGCAUCAGCUCAAACUUCAAAGAUUUCUUUAGCUGUUCUUUAGUCUCUCAAAACAAAAAACAAAAAAUUAAAGAUUUUCUUGUUUUACAAAAGUACGCGCAUUGUCUCCUUUUUCCAGGUUGUAAAGUCUUUUCUGUAGUCCCUUUGGCUGCAUGUCUGCUCCCCACCCUCUGCUUGCAGCCACAGCUUUCUAGCACAGAAGCUAAAAAAAUGUAAGCAGACCUAAUCAGGCAGUUAUGUAGCAUAUCAGAUUACAUGCAGCUCCUUGUAAAGCAGGGAUUGUCUGUGCGGUUGCAAGGUCUGUAAAUAGCCUUCUCUUGCCUGCAGGUUUAUGUAUAGAUACUUAAUGGGCACACACAGUAUGGUUUGCAGGACUUUGAUAGUGCAAAAUGUGUACAGAUGUUGCUGCUUCAAAUAUUAGUAUUUUUUUAAGGUUGGGAAAUACAGGAUAUCUAAGGAGAAAAACUUGUGUCUGUCUUGCUUUAGAGGAUUUCUUGUAUUUUCAAUUUCCAUUAAUAUUCCAGAUGUAAAUGAGGACAAUGAAGUAGAUCAAGUAUUUUCAACAGGUACAUGUGAAGUCCCAGAGCUGCUGCUGCUGAGUAACUGGAAAGGCAUUACUGGAAUUGUGCAGAUUGAGUAACCAAAUAGAUAUUUCCCAACAUUGUUACUAAGGUGUGCAAAUCCUUGGUGGUUUGGCAAUACUUUAAACAUCACAAUACAUCGACCAGGUGUCUUGUGUAAAAUGGUGUGAGACUGAUAUUUCUAGAUUUUCUGUUGCCUUUUAGACUCCAAGCCAGUACGAACUUUAAAGUUCAGUUUAAUGAAACAAGACAAAUCCUAUGUGCAGUUAGUUGUGAAUAUGUCUCAUUGUACUUGAGGUCUCCUGAGUAAGCUUUAGCAGGCAUGGGAAAAGGGGAGAGGUUCACUUGUGGAUUAGUAACUGGUUAAGAAAAACGAAAACGUGGGUGGCGCUGUGGGUUAAACCAGAGAGCUUAGGGCUUGCCGAUCAGAAGGGGUGAGCUCCCGUUGCUCAGUUCCAGCUCUUGCCAACCUAGCAGUUUGAAAGCACAUCAAAGUGCAAGUAGAUAAAUACCACUCCUGCAGGAAGGUAAACGGUAUUUCCGUGCACUGCUCUGGUUUGCCAGAAGCAGCUUAGUCAUGCUGGUCACAUGACCCGGAAACACCGGCUCCCUCAGCCAGUAAGGCGAGAUGAGUGCCGCAACCCCAGAGUCGUCCGCGACUGGACCUAAUGGUAUGGGGUCCCUUUGCUUUUAAGAAAAAAGGAAGCAGAGAGCCAGAAUAAAUGGCCAGUUCUCCAAAUGGAGGAAUGUUGAAGGCGGAGUCCCCAAGGAUAGGUAUUGGGACCAUUGCUUUUUAACUUGUUCCUAAAUGGUUUAGACUGUAAAGAGGUGAGCAGUGAGGUAGCCAAGUUUGCUGAUGUGAUCAAAAUGCUAUGGGUGAUUUUUAAAAAGGGAUUGUGAAUGGGCAUUAAAAUGGCAAAUGCAACUCAGUGUAAACAAGUAUAAAAUAUUGCAGUUGGGGGGCAAAAAUAUAUAUCUAAAUUUCGCAUAUAUGCUCAUGGGGUCUGAACUGGUGGUGACCGACCAGGAACAAGACUUUAACACAGCACACAGUUUAAGUAUGUAAUUCUCUUACACAAGAUGUAGUGAUGGCCACCAACUUAGAUGGCUUUAAAAAAAGGAUUAGACAAAUUCAUGAAGUAGAAGUCUGGGGUGGUGCCAAUAACAAAAUGGUGGUGGAUGGAAGCUGAGUUUUUCCUGAUCAGCUGGUAAUUGCUGGCAUCACUGAUAUCUAAUCUCUCCUUAACAACUGCAAUUUCCUUGUGGCAAGGGGAUAGAAUUUCAUAGUUCAGUUUUCUUCAGGCAAAGCACAGACAUUGGUUGUGUAGGUAUCAUGAUUCAACCUCUCCAUUUUAGGCAGAAUUUGAAAAUCCAGAGACUUUAAGUGAAAAAGGCGUUUAAUUUUAUAUUUUCCCUCUGCCCACAUGCCAUUUAAAGUAUUUUUACUCAUCUCCUGUCACUUCUUCUCCCCUUAACCUUUCAUACUUAAUUUGUUUCAUAUACGUACCUCAAAACAAAAUCAUUCUUUUUACAGUCUCUUACUCCACCAUAGGGACGUGGGUAGCGCUGUGGGUUAAACCACAGAGCCUAGGACUUGCCGAUCAGAAGGUCGGCGGUUCGAAUCCCCACGACGGGAUGAGCUCCCGUUGCUCGGUCCCUGCUCCUGCCAACCUAGCAGUUCAAAGCACGCCAAAGUGCAAGUAGAUAAAUAGGUACCACUCUGGUGGGAAGGUAAACGGCGUUUCCGUGCGCUGCUCUGGUUUGCCAGAAGCGGCUUAGUCAUGCUGGCCACAUGACCCGGAAGCUGUACGCCGGCUCCCUUGGGCAACCCCACAACUGGACCUAAUGGUCAGGGGUCCCUUUACCUUUACUCCACCAUAACAGCUUUCUUUCUUAUAUCCUUCCUUUCUAUUCCCACAUUGUUGUUGUUAGCCUCUAUCUAAUUUCCUUCAGCAUCUGAUUUGGCUCUUUUCCCUCCAACCGAGCUUCUCUUGUCUUUCGGCCACUUUUAUUCAGCAUGUGGGCAGUCAAUCCAACCAGAAGAUUAUGGCAUGGCCAGUUAUGGGGUUAGGAAAUGAGCAGGGAGUGGGUGGUUUGUGGCACUGUUGCCCACCUGAAAGUGGCCCACUGCUGGUCCCAAGCCCAGUCUUUGAGAAACACUCCCGUAGGGCUUCUCAGUAAACGGGUAUUGUGUAGGAUUGGGCUGUAAAUGUAUGAAGUGCAUUAUCCGUUGUAGUGCUUCUGCAGUGAUGAUCAGGCAAGGGAAAUUAUCCAGCCCUUCUUUCUGUCUCACUUUACAGGCCCCUUCUGAGGGCUACAGUAGGGAGGAAGUUGUCCUUCUUUGAAUGCUUCAUUAGUUGCAACCAUAAGACUGCAAUCGUAUGCAUACAUAUUUGGGAGUAUGCCUCCCUGGACUCUGACUUACCUCUGAGUAUACAUGUAUAUGAUUGUGCUGCAUGUCCUACAAAAACAAGCACAAUUUUUGGGGUAAAGGGCCAAUUCAGAAAUUAUUUUUUCUGACAUCAUUAUUCUUGUUGUUGUUGUUGUUAUUGUUAUUAUAACACCCUGCCCAUCUCUGGGCAGCUUCCAGCAAAAUAUAUUAUUACUGUCCUGUCCACAUGAUUCUUUACACCUUAGAUUUAAUGUGGUGGAAGGUUUUGGGGAAGUGCCACCAAGUCAAAAUCAUUCUCAAUUUGUAAAAUUUGUACAAUGGGAAAUGGAAAAAACAAAAAAGUAUGCAGAAACACAGAUUCUGUUGACUGUAGAAUUCCUUUUACACAGAAGGUUUCAUGUGUUUUAACCAGAGAUGGAAAGCUUAGUUUGAAGUAAAAUAAAACGGGGAACUGGCUGCUGAGUCCAGUCAUUCAGUAGGAGGAAGAGGAAUUAAAUGCAAUAAAAAAAGAGAAGUGUAGGUAGAUGUGUGACUUUCCAUGAUGAAUUCAGUUUUGAUACUUGUCAAGCCUGCAUCCUUGUGUCCAAGUUUUAAGAUCAUGUAGGCUGAGGUACUGAUACAACUUAUGCCUGUGCUGCAUGUUGAUUGACAGCGGCUGCCUGCCUGGCAUUUGAUUUCCUACAACAGGAUGCUAUAGUGCUUUGAGGGGUGCAAAGAAUACUACUUUUGACAAUUAACUGGUUUCUAAUUAUUGUAAUAAAAAAAUAAAAUAAAGCCACAGUUCAUCCUUUUAGCUGAGUUUAAGUAUAUGUGCAUUCUGCAGUGAGGUAGGUUUUGUUCCCCAUCCCAUGCUAGUACAGGUGUUUUGAUAUGAUUUGUCAUUUUUGUCACAUCUCUGGUUGUAGUCUUCCAGACAUUUGCUUGAAAGUAAUUCCCACUGAAAUUAAAGACCUGUCUGGUGGUUUACUAUCAAACCAGAAGCAUAAGGCAUAGUCUCAGUGGGUGGACUUGGGCGGAGGCAACAUGUCACAUGGGAGUUUGAAACAUUCCGCUGUUCUGCUCAUGAUGAGAUACUUUGGUUUGCUGUGUGAGCCAGUGGGGAUCAGUACAAUGGCUUGUAAGCAUCAGGUGUGUUGACUAGCGCGUCUGAAUCCCAACAAAAAUACCUAGUGUGCGCAUAUGGCAAUGAGACUCAGUCCUGGACAUAUAGAGAGAAUUGGCAUUUCAGACUUGACAGUAGUUUAAUAGGCCAGUAGUGAUGUCUUGGAACUAAUGCAUCUCAAGAGCCAAUUGUUAUCUUCAAUGAGAACUAUUUUAAAAAUAAUAAUAAUCAAGGUUUAAGUGUUCUGACUAAAGAGUACUUUGAAUUGCAGAAUUUAUCAAACUUUGAUCAAAUUUUUUAAUCAGAUGUUACCUUGUAAACUUAGUACACCUGGUUUUUUUUUGUUUUGCUUUCUUUUAUUACUCUUUCUGCCCAUAUUUCUCUUAGGUCAGUCAAUUUUGAAGGAGCAGUAUGCAAUUUUCAUUUUAAAAGGUUAGAUUGAUAAUGAAUAUUCUGUUUUUAAAACAUGUUUUCCUCUCCUUUGUAUAAUUGUUUAGGUCGUUUGGUAGGUGCUUUGGAUGCUGUGCUCGAUUCUAAUGCCCGUGUCGCUCCAUUUCGAAUUUUGCUUCAAGUUCCAGGAUCACCUAUUUACUCUGCCAUAGCUUGUGGUGAGUUAUUGAAUGGAUCAGAAGUUUACUGGGCCAUAGCCAUUGGUGAGUUGCAUACCAGACAAAAAAUAAAGUCUGAGCAUGCUGUGGUUUGCAUGUAAAAGAAGCUGAAGGUAACUCAAAUUAAUAACACAGCAGUGUGCAUAAGUGCUUAUUUAACAACCAACAUAUAAUUUGUAACUUCCAUGUAUGGGUAAUAUAAAUGCUUGUUGACACAACAUUAGAAGUGCCCAAAGCUUUCAGUUGUGGGAAGUGGUGUGGCUUUUCAUACUGGAGCACGCACAUUUCUGUAUCCUGGGAACUGCUGAAACAGUUAAAGGGGUGGGGGAGGCUUUAUAAUCUUCACCCUAAUAUGGUAGGUUUCUAUACAUGAGCAGGGGAUAGUUUAUGUUGAUAGUAUUUAAACAUUCAGACCCUCCCUACAUUCUGAAAUGGUACAGCCUAGCAACAGAUGCAUUACAUGGGGCUUCUAUAGUAAAUUGGCUGCUUUAGUGUAUCAUGCUUUAUAUAUUUUCUGAAUGAGUGUUAUUAUUGUAAAAUGGAUUAUCUCUGGCAUUGAAAGUAUUCUGGAAAUCCCAUUAUGUCCAUAAGUCAUUGGUACUUCUUGAAGGCUAAUCAGAUCCAAGCAGAAAGGGCUACAUCAGGCAUAGGCAAACUCAGCCCUCCAGGUGUUUUGGGACUACAACUCCCAUGAUCCCUAGCUAACAGAACCAGUGGUCAGGGAUGAUGGGAAUUGUAGUCCCAAAACAUCUGGAGGGCAAAGUUUGCCUAAGCCUGGGCUACAUAUUGGAUUUUGGUAGAACCCAUGUCACCUUUCACACAGAGCCUAUUCUUAGGAUUCUUUUGGAAGUGGUGCAAAUGUUCUUGGUUUUCAGAGUAGCAGUUUUAAGUUUGACACAAGUAACAUACGCUCAGAAGGCAUUGGGUUGCAUCUUACACUGUACACAUGGAGUUAGUUCCAUUUGCACCUCUCCCUAUUCUGUCCCUGUGCACCCACAGAAGCUACUCUGUAGGGUCCCCCAAUGCUCUGGAGCAGAUUUUGAGGGUGCAUAGCGGGCUGCAGGGGAAAGUUCAUUGUACAAAUGAAAAUCUGUUGUGCAAGUGAAUCAACAGCAUGGGAUACAACCCAUUCUUGUUAUUUGUCAUUACAGUGGUACCUCUGGAUGCGAACGGUAUCUGUUCUGGAGCCCGUUCACAUCCUGAAGCGAACGCACCCCAUGUCUGUGCGUGCAUGGGUCACAAUUCGCAGCUUCCGCGCAUGCUUGUGACAGCAUUUUGAGUGCAUGCGCGAGUGGCGAAACCCAGAAGUAAAGUGUUCCGUUACUUCCGGGUCGCCACGGAGCAUAACCUGAAAACGCUCAACCCGAAGCUAUUUCAACCCGAGGUAUGAGAAAGUGAGUUUAGUAUACUCUGAUUUUCCUUCUCUUAAAGCUACUCAAGCCCUUUGAUUAGCAGAAUGCAUUUUAAGGCUGUAGGGAAUUUUACUGCUUUCUUUGGGUUUAAAAGGAUUCCUUGCCUUGCCAUAUUUGCUACUAGCAUGAUUCAGUUUCUUAUUUGAAAGCAACGUUAAUAAUGUUUGGUUCCCCUGUCUGUUGUUCAAGGAUGUUGUUCACAUCACUGUAGACAAGGACUUCUGGCCUAUCAUGGUUUAGAACUAGAAUCCCAGGCACAGACGCAAUUGAAAUCCAGGCUCAGUUACCACUUUCCAGUUCCCACAGCUUGCAACAGAGUAGGAGUAAAGUGGGAGUAAUUAGGCAGCAUGCACCAGAACACUGCUCCUGCAAAUUAAACCAGCAACCCUGGCUGGUUUACAGUGCCGUGUAAACAGCCACAGUUUGUAUACUUGUGUUCCCUCUCCCUAAAGUGUGUAGCUUCCUAUGCUGCAUUACAGCACCCUCUUUGAAUCAGUCUCCUGUCCUUUCUUUCUCCUCAGUAGAGCUUGAAAAUCAAGGCCUUUUCACUGCAGAAGAUUAUGAUAAGUUAAUUUAUAUAGCUAGUAGGAUACUAAUUUAUAGUUAUAGGAUCAAUGUUGUAUCGAUCAUAAGUGUGCAGCCGAAGCAAUUUUAUGGCUACAUAGAGGUUCGUGAGAUAGUGUGGAGUUGGCUCAUAAAUUAUUUAAAUUUGCUUGCCAUUGCAUGCUGCCACCAGCAGCAUUGAAACAGCGUUUCCAGGCUUGACAAUAGCAGUCAGGAAAACAACAGGUGGACUCUCUCUCUCUCUCAGCCAGGAGGAUCGAUUUUUGUAUACUGCUUCUUUGACCUUCUUGUAGAAAGUGAAGGGCAAAAGCACCGAGAUUGUCUCUUGCGUUCACUGCAAGUGACUAGAUUUUUUUGUGCUUGGUUUAGAUAUGUCACUGUGUUGGUGAUGAAGGGUACACAUGUGCAGGAAGCGCUUUUCCUUUAAAAUAGAAGUGGUAAGCCAGAAAUAAUCCAUCCUCUUAUUUCAAGUAUUUUUAAGGUUAGUUACACGUUGAUGAGUUAGUUACACGUGAUGUUUUUAUAACUGAUAUAAUACAUGUGUAUCUUGCAUUCUGGUAUCUUUGCUUUACUUCAGAAUGUACUGUAAGAGGCAAGAUGAGGUCAGCCCUGUAAAUAAUUAUGUAGAUGUCAGUUGCCCCCCCUCCCCCCGCUUACUUGUACUGCUCCUUCAUCCUUUCCUACUCCUUGGACCAAUGUAAUGAUGCUAGAUACAGUUAUGUAUCUUCCUUUUUUGCCCUCUCAUAGUUCUUGUUUCUAACAACGCUGCUAUUGUUAGUGUAAUGAGAUUUGCCACACAACUUUAGAUACAGCCGAAAUAGAAAAGUCUGAAUUUUGUACAUCCUGGAACUGUUUAAUGAUUCUCAACCUCUGAUUCUGCAAACCUACUCUGUGGAAUGCCACAAUGAUUGUAAUGCCAAAAUAAUUGCAAUUUCCAGCUUGUAAUCUUGAAUGCUAUGUUGCAGGUAGAAAUGAAUCUUUUUUUUCCUCCUUAUCUUGUACAGUGAGAUAGGAGGGUGAGUGGGAGAAAAUCCAAAAUGAUUAAUUCAGCUGCUUGAUUUAAUAACUACAUAUGGAAUUGAAAGAGGAACAGAGUGAAAAUCUGGACAAAGAGAAGUGGUUGAAAUUUAGCUCAUAAUGAAAGCGAAAAGAGACUUGACUCUGGCAGUGGUCGCAUGCAGAUGUUGUUUAUUUAUAAAAUUAAUGUCCCUCCUUUCAUCAUAAAGCAAUCCUGGUGCAAGUUACAACAUACAGAAUCAUGAAACCAACAAAUGAAACAAUUCCAAACCAACUGGUUGUAAAAUUAAGCAUAUAACUAUAACCUAUCAGUCAAUUUACACACCUUAGCCCAUAUGUCACUGUUGUUUGCUCAAAAGUCACUUAAAGCAGAUUGCAGUGAUAAAGCAACAGAUCAACAGAAUUUAAAGCUGCUAGUAAUACAAAACAUAUUAGUUACUAAAAUAUCAACCCUUCCAUUAGCAUUAAACAUUUGCCCUGCUGUGUAUUGAGUUUAAGGAUGAUCAAGAAACAAACCCUUCUUGCCUGUUCCCCAUUUUGUAUAAGGGCCUUACUACCUUCCCCUUAUUCUUCCCCAUACCAAGGAAUAAAAACAUAAUCAAUACAUGUAUAAAUACUUCCGUGGGAAAGCUUUCUGCUUCCAUCUCUUCUCUUUCAUAUAAAGGUGUUGUAAGAGGCAGCAGUUCUGUUUGUUUUGUCACUGAGUUCAACAUUGGUCAGAUAUAGCUCCACAGCUUCUAACAAUGCUAUGCAAGCUUUUUUUUUUUUCUUUUUUAAAGCAAGCUAUCAAAUGCCAUUUUUAAUACUAAUGUUUUUGUGUGUGUGCAUGUGUUUGAGCAGGAGUUAUCUUGAUUAAUAGUGUUUAUCAAGAGCCAUCACGAGGUCUUCCUGUUGAGGAAGUUAACUCUUGGAAAGUUUCCCUUGCAAUUGGCAUUCUCUGUGGGAAACCUACCAGAGGAAAGUGGAAAAAUAUUUAACUAUAUUUAUCAUCUCUGCUGUGUGUGGCAAUGUGCAGUAUCUUUAAUGGUUGCAGUACUUGGGUCUGAUUAUGUUUACCUGUCCCCCUACCAUCCUCAGAUGUUCUCUUUUUCCUCUGUCACUUGGGGUAAUGGUCUGGAAAGGGUGACUGUUACUUCCUCCUCUUCCUGUAAUCCAGCUAAUUUACAACACAGUACUUUAGGUGUUUGUAUUUAGUGGGAUCUAUUGCCAUGUCUACAGGAUUGUAGCCUUACUUAUUCUCUGCAAGUAGGUGGAUGGUUGUUUGCUUUGUAGCACUCUUGCUCUUGCAUUCAUUUUCUAUUGCUCCCUGUCUCUGUCUGGGUCACUUCAUGUUGUGCUCAUUUUUUACUUGCCGUAUGAGUAGGAAGGCUUUCCUACCCAUAUAGCAGAAUAUGGUGGUAGAGCGGACUGUACCAUUGCAGAAUGCUCCCCUACGUGAAAAUAUCCUUGCAAGUAGAAAAUGAGCACAACACAAAGUGACCCAGGCUAUAACAUUGCUUCCUAACGUGUUAGUUUUGUUCUGCAUUUACUUGCGGGGAGGCUUCGUGUGGUGUUCCGAUUAUCAUGUGGCAAGCACUCAAAAUGGUAUUCAGUGCCUGUUCCUUUUUCAGCAUAGUAUUAUAUGUCUGUUCUGCCCUUUAGUCUGCAAUAGCCAUAGACCAGACUUCAAUAAAUAAGAGUCUGGAGUCAACUCAGCAGAUAGUGCCUCAGCAAUACCUUGUGUUUUGCGCUGACGGUUGCUGGGGAGCAGCACCAGGAAAGGGCUGUUGCCCUCAUGUCUUGCUUGUGAGAUUCAUAGAGGCAUCUGGCUGGACACAGCUAGUGGGGUACAGGAUGCUGGAGUAGGAAAGGCUUUUGGUCUGAUUUGGCAGGUUUCAGAUAACCCAAGUUGCUUCAUCUUCAAAAUGUCCUUAUGAGGAAGCCAUCCCUUAAUUAUGUCUACCUGAUGGAUUGGGUAGUCAGGUAAAUAUUUCAGUGCUUUAAUAUUGCUGCUUUAAAAAUACCACAGUAAUGAAAGGUCACAAUAACCAAAGAAAUACCACAGUAAUUCACCAUAACAGAGACUACCUUCAAAAGUGAAAUAACAGGUUCUGCUGCCCCAAUUGCAUUAAAUAGUGGUAUACAUCUACAAAGGGCUAUUGAAGCAGGCAUUAAACUAGAGAUACGAAAACAGAAAAAGUCAUGGCCAGUUACUAAAGUUUGUAUGUUACUACAGAUUCUUGGAUUGGUCUGAAUUUGUUUGUACAACACUCACUUUUAAUAUACUUUUGUGUUAUUCUUCCUUUUUAAUUUGAAAACCUUCCUCACCACAUUUGGUAUCUUGCUCAGUUCUCCCCUCUCUUCCUUUCUUAUGUCAGGUGCCACAACCGAGGAAAUAAAUCAUCACUGGGAGUGGCUGGAACAAAACCUACUCCACACCUUGUCUGUAUUUGAUAAUAAAGAAGAUAUUGUUAGCUUUGUCAGAGGUAAAAUAAAGGUAGGCCUUCAUUCUUUCCACUUGUUUUAUAAGGGGCAAAACAGUAUUGAGGAGCAGAGACAUCUAUUCCCAUAGGGCAGGGGUUGGCACGGUUUACUUUGCCUGGGCUGGUUCACUCCAGCAGAGAUCCCUCCUUGGGAUGGAUCAUGAGAAGAAGAAGAAGAAGAGUUUGGAUUUGAUAUCCCGCCUUUCACUCCCUUUAAGGAGUCUCAAAGCGGCUAACAUUCUCCUUUCCCUUCCUCCCCUACAACAAACACUCUGUGAGGUGAGUGGGGCUGAGAGACUUCAGAGAAGUGUGACUGGCCCAAGGUCACCCAGCAGCUGCAUGUGGAGGAGCGGAGACUCGAACCCGGUUCCCCAGAUUACGAGACUACCACUCUUAACCACUACACCACACUGGCUCCCACGUGGCCACGAUUUCCAGCAUCUGCAUCUGCAAUUUUCAGCGUCUGAGCAUGCACAGAUGUGAUUUCCGACACCGCAGAAGCAAGUCCCUGUGCCACACUGCACUGGUUUAGUGCAGUGGGUGGGGACUUGCCGUGCAGGCGGUGCAGUUUGGGGGCGGCUCACGGGCUGGUUAAAUGACCCCCGUGGGCUGCUUGUGGCCCAUGGGGCUUAGGUCACCUACCCCUGCCCUAGGGUAUUUCUUGGAGCAGAAACAUAUUAGCCAUUUGGUAUAUGAUCAGACUCUACGCUUAAGGAAUUGUGGUUUUGCAUUCUUGAGUAUUAUGAGAAUAAUACCAACUUAAUUUCAGGAUGGUUGAAAUUGCACCUUGAAUGUUUCCCAAACAGGGUUUCCCAAACUUGGGUCUCCAGCUGUUUUUGGACUACAAUUCCCAUCAUCCCUUACCAUUGGUCCUAGUAGCUGGGGGUGAUGAGAGUUGUAGUCCCAAAACAGCUGGAGACCCAAGUUUGGGAAACCCUCUUCUAAAUGAUGGGGAACUUGCCCUUUCAUGUUGUUGUACUCCUUCUCCCAUCAUGCCCAGCCAGUACUCAGGGAUGAUGGGAGUUGAAGUCCACCAACAGUGGGGUGGCCAAAAAUUAACCACCCCUGCUUUAAAGCACUAUACCAAGUUUUAAUUUAUUAGUUGCUAUUAAAUAUGUAAUGUAAGCUAUUAAGUUGAACAGCAAAUCUUGUAAAUCAUUUGGUUGCUUGUAACUAUUAAGUUGCAUGUGGUCACUUCAGUUUCUCCUCUAAUGCAUUAAUUUGCCAUUGACUUAGGCAUUAAUAGCAGAAGAAACCAGCAGUAAGCUAGCUGAGCAGGAAGAGGAGCCUGAGAAGUUCAGAGAAGCACUAGUGAAAUUUGAGACCAGAUUUAACUUCCCCGAGGCAGAGAAACUGAUAACCUUUUACUCAUGCUGCUGCUGGAAGGGAAAAGUUCCUCGGCAGGGAUGGCUUUAUCUCAGCAUCAAUCACCUCUGUUUCUAUUCCUUCUUUCUCGGCAAGGAAUGUAAGUAUGAGCCUGCAAUAACGCAUCUCACUGAUUUGUACGCUUGCUUUUCAAACUGCUGAAUUGGUUUCCCUAAGGAAGAACGUAAAAGUGUAGUUAUUUCGUCCUUUGGCUAAAUCAGAGAUGAUCAGCUUUAUUUUAAGUAGGCACAUUUUCAUAAGAGACCAUUUAUUUGGAUUUGUAACCUGCUCUAACUUUGUGAGUUCAGGACAAGAAUAUAACAGUAGCUGUGCUGGAUCAGACCAAAGGCCCAUCCAGUCCAGCAUUGUGUUCUCACGCUGGCUAACCAGAUGCUUAUGGGAACCCACAUAACCUACUUGCAAUUCCUAGCAACAGGUAUUCAAAAGCAUACUGCCUCUGGCAGUGAAGAUAGAAAAUAUCUGUCAUGGCUAGUAGCCUUUGGUAGACUUAUCCUCCAUGCAUUUUUCUGAUCCCGUUUUAAAAAAUGUCAAGCAAACAUAUUUGUAAAGUCAUUAUAACGUGAUUAAAGCAAAAAAGAAUGCUUGUGAAUCAAAGAGGAGCAUUUCCUUGUACUGGGAUGUGUGUGUAUGUACACACACUUGUGCACAUAUUUCUGUCUACAUGCACACAUGUAUACACACACACACCAAACCACCAGGGAGCUUUCUGCUCAUCCUUGUAAAUUAAGGCUCAGGUCGCAUGUAUCACUAGACCAAACUAUGGCUUCUCAUGAAGACAUAAGCUGUGGGUUCCUGGGAGGGAAAUUGUGGCUGUUUUGCUCUUCUGGUCCUGCUGCUGCACUGCUGUGAGCCAAGGCUUAGUGUGUUGUCUGAAUAUGGGUUUGUGGUUUGUUUGAAUCCAGACAAACCACAAGCUGUGUAAACCAAGAAGAAACCUUGGUUACAGUUCAUGGUUAGAAACAUUAUAUUCUUAAUUUCCAGUUGUUGUUUUGUAGUUUAAAAUGUUAUCCUACAUUUAAAGACUUAAAGGGGGUAAACUAAAAAUAUAUGAAUACAUUUUGUAUCUGUUACUAGUGUUUUUUUCUAAAAAAAUGUUUAGGGGUACUCUCAUUUUCCUACUCAUAUUGAAAUACUGCCCCUCAGUGAGGCAGAACUUAAAUGUUUAGGGGUAUGUGUCCCCCCGUGUCCCCCCAGAAAAAAGUAGUGUCUGUUACUAUCAAAAUAAAUUAAAAGAAUUACCCCAGAAGUCAAUUUUAUAUAUGAUCAGCUGUAAUUUCUCCUUUUCAAGAAUGUAUAGAUAAGGGGAGGAAACGCACUCUAAAUUUGGUGUCUAAAAUCAGUAUGUUGAUUUUAGGACAAGGAGUAGGACUGGUGGUAAGGGGAUGGGAUCAUCUUCCAAGCCUGAGACAUAGAAUUUCUGGGUUUAUAUGAGGUGACCUGGGGCUUCCUCAUUCUUUUCUAGUUCAAAACUGUAAAACUCAUUUAAUUGUAUCGCCUAAGUUUUUAAGGUAAGAAACAUUACUGCAUACUUUAAAAAAGCUUAUGGUGAUUUGUAUGAUAGACGUUGUCCCUUGUUUUAUCUUAGGGCAGCUUUGCACAGACUUGCCACAAAGGAUUCAUUAUCCUUAUUAGGCUGAAGAAUAUAACUUUGUAUCAUACUGAAGCCUUGUGACUAUAAGGAAUCCUGCAAUUUGCAUUACUGCUCAUUAAAUCUCCUGAAAGAUAAAUCAGUGCAUCCAUGGUUUUUGACAGAAGUACAGUUAGUCCUUGCAGAUGUUUUUGUUCUUUUAUCAUUUCUCCUCAUUUACCAAAGCAGCCUUCACAUUCUAAGCCUACUCUUAACAUGGGUUCACCAGAAACAGAAUGGAUUAUUGUGCAUUGCAACAUCCUUCUGUCUGCACCCAUGGCCCCGUUUUAGCUUUUUAACUACAUUGUAUAAAGUUACCUAAAAUUCUGCCUACAGGGGCUACAGAUUUAAUCUUCAUGGAGCAGGGCUAGCGCAGGACAUUUUGCCUCUUGAAGCAAAAGCCCCUGGUGCCUUGUCAGUCGCUUCAUCAGCUCCCCACCACCUGCUGCCUCCUCCUUUUCCACUGUUGCUGCUUGGAGGCAGCCCAGGGAAGCCCUGGCGUGGUGGAGUGGCACACAGUGGUUUGGAGGAGCUUGUGGCAGAGGAGGUGGCACAUCUGCAGAGCGGCAUACUAGUCAAGCCUUUAUCUGGUGCCUGAGGUGACUGCCACAUCGUAGGUGUGCCAGUCCUCCCAUGGAGUAAUCUGCAUAUGGCCUGCUUGGAUUAAUACUGUUUUACUGACUGUUCAGAAUAAACUAAAGUGAGGAGAAAAUACCCAACAUGAAUUUUUACUUCCUUUAGGGACGUUUUUAAGGAUUGAUGUUUUUAUGUUUUUAGAUAUGUUGUAAGCCACCCAGAGUGGCUGGGGAAACCCAGCCAGAUGGCCAGGGUAUGAAUAAUAAAAUUCUUGUUGUUCUUGUUGUUAUUAUUGCUGCAAUCUUAUAUAUACUUACUUGGAGCGAAGUAUCACUGAAUCCAGCAUGAAUUUACUUCGAAGAAGAUAUGUGGAGAAACUGUGUGUAUAUAUGUAUGUGUGGGAGACAUAGAUUGCUGGAUUCUGAUGUUUACUUCAAUAGAUCUUUUUGUGUUUCCCUGGUUGCAGUAAAACUUAUCAUUCCCUGGGUUGAUGUCCAGAAGUUGGAAAGAACCUCCAAUAUCUUGAUGACUGACAUUAUCCGCAUCACCACUCAAAGUAAAGAACGUGAUUUCUCUAUGUUCCUUAAUAUUGAUGAAGCAUUCAGGAUAAUGGAACAGUUGGCAGAUGUAACUCUCCGCAGGCUACUGGAUAAUGAGGUCUUUGAACUGGAUCCAGGUUUGCAAGAUCCUACUCUGAUCACCAAGAGGUAAAUAGUGACAUCGUUUUUGUUGCUUUUUGUUGAAGGGGUCUCAUAUUUUAAGUAGUAUUCCACCCCCACCCCACCCCACUACUACUGUGACAUAAAGUCUAAAUAAAGAGCAAAUCUAUCUGGGAAAGGGCGGGGAACAAAAUACAAAAAUAACUUCAAUCAAGUAAGUCCUGUGACCCUUGUGGUAUUAUUCAGAACCAGUCACAUCUUUAGCAUUUCUCUGUAAUGCAGGAAGACACACAAGCUUUUUCAGCCCAAUGGUCACAUUUUGUUGUGAGCAAUCUCCUGGAGGCCACAUGCCAGCAUUAUUGGAUUAAAAGGGAGUCUUAAUUUGUGCAAGGUCUUUGCAGAGUAAUGCCUUGUUGUACAACUUCACACUGCAUUUUUUGGAAGCAAUAAUAAUAGUAAUAAUAGUAAUAAUUUAUUUAUAUGCUGCCCAUCUCACUGGGUUGCCCCAGCCACUCUGGGCAGUUUCCAGCACACAGUAAAACAUCAACCAUUAAAAAACUUCUCUGUACAGGGCUGCCUUCAGAUGUCUUCUAAAAGUCAGAUAGUUGUUUAUUUCCUUGAUAUCUGAAGGGAGGACGUUCCACAGGGUGGACGCCACUACCGAGAAGGCCUUCUGCCUGGUUCCCUGUAACCUCACUUCUCGCAGUGAGGGAACCAGCAGAAGACCCUUGAAGCAGGACCUCAGUGUCUGGGUUGAACAAUGGGAGUGGAGACGCUCCUUCAGGUAUGCAGGUCCAAAGCCGUUAAGGGCGUUAAGUCAUCAACACUUUGAAUUGUGCUUGUAAAUGUACUGGGAGCCAGUGUAGAUCCUUUAGGCCUUGUGUUAUAUGGUCCCGGCAGCCACUCCCAGCUGCAUUCUGCAUUAGUUGUAGUUUCCGAGUCACCUUCCGCCAAAGCAAACACAUUUUCCCCAUUAUGUAGUAUAAUAUCUUGCCUUGCCGGUACAUUUUCCUUUAAAAAGAAAGAAAGAAAAAGAAAGAAAUAUAUUGAGUUGAAUCCAGGCUUGAUUUGGCAGAACUCUGCUGAUUCCAUGCACCCUGGGACAGAAGAGUGGGGAGACAAUUUUCAGCAACUCUUCCUUCCCCCAACCCCAGAUUCCUCCCCAGAUCUGCUUUGGAUGGUUUGAAGACCCUUCAGAACAAAGUGGAUAAAUGUCACAUGGAUUUGGAGGGGGAAGGAGAGUACUAGAAAAUGCCUCCUCCCACUUCCAUCUGCAACAACCUCCACUGAAUCAGGGUCCCAUCCACGAAUGGAAACAGCGGUUCCGUUUGCAGUGGGAUAUGUCUGGAUCUAUUCCAGUUGUGUUUUUCCCUGUAGUUCAUCAUUUGGGAAGAGAUGGGAUUUCCAGCCAACUUUCACUAAAGCAGAGAUGGAGAACCUGCAACCCUCCAGAGAUCGUUGAACUCCAAAUGCCCAUCACCUGCAGCCAGCAUGACCAAUGGACAAGGAUGAUGGGAGUUGUGGUCGAUCAAAAUCUGGAGGGCCACAGGUUCCCCACCCCUAGGUUAAUAAAGGAUAAUGCUCAGGCAGUGAAUUACAGAAGAAUUAACCAGCAUUUGCUCCCAAAAGCAAAGAGAGAUUGAAGUAUUACAUAACCACAAAAGCUCUUUAUUUUAAAUGCCCCGAAAUGCUUUCAGCGGUACCCAGACACAAGAUCUUCUUAAUAUGAGUGUUUUAAAACGUCCUCUUAUUAAUGGACUCUGUGUGACUGUUUGCCCAGAAUGUGGAAAGCACAAAAACGUUGUGUAUUAUAUUUUGCUACAUAUGUGAUAUUGCUUGUGCAUUUUAUUUUGCUACAUUAUGUGAUAUUGCAACUUAUAAUGAACAUUUUCUGGUUUGAAUUGCAUGAUUGAGCAGCUGCUUUCUUAUAAUCUUGCCUGGAUUUUCUUAGUGUGUAUAAUUAGUGCAGUAGGCAACCACACUCUAAAGAGUCCUGUAUUAAAAGCAGCAGUUUGGAGGCACAGCUGGACUUUCUCCAAAGUCUACCUUUCCCCCUUGAAAUUCUGUGUUCAGAAUAAGUUAGAAUUGUUUUGCAAAUCAGCAGCAUGAAUUUCUUUGUUUAUAUGGUAUUAAACAAAAUGCCAUCUUAAACUUCAGAAUUCUUUAUAUGUUACGCUAUUUAUGUCACAUACCUGUGGUUCUUAAACAUUUUAGUACUGAGGAUUAUUAUUCAGUUUUGUUUGCUCUUUGCAGUCCAACACAUUUUCUUUCUUUAUAGCUAUUGUGUGGGACUAUACUUAAAGCUUUCAAAUUGAUUUCUUGCUUAGAAGGAAAUUUCAAGCAAAGGUUUACAGAGUGGACAAAGAAUUAUGGAAUUAAGUAAAGUUGCUAUAAAGGAUUACUUCAUUCUGUUGGCCCAACACAUUUCCAGCUGCUGCAGCUUUUUCAAAGAGUACAAAAAUAAGCACAUUCCUUAUAAUAGAGCAGGUCUCUCUCACAUUGAACCACAUUAAGUCUUUUUAAAAGCAAUGCCUUAAAUACAGAGCUGUUCACUCCUUGUGUGAGUGGAAGGCACUUCCACUUAUGCAAGAAGAAGUCUGAUUUUUGCUGAUUUCCCCUUCCCACCAAAGCCCCUUACACCUCAUUCCAUGGCGCACUGCAAGCUCCAUCACCAUCAAGUUUGACUUGAAGAGCAAGGAGAGAGAUCAUCACUGCAGCUAUGCUGCACUUUAGAAGUCCUAUGCACACCUGUGUAGCUCAGCGCAAAUGGAGGGAUGGCCCUCCCAACAGAUGUGUUUCUGAAAUACCGAGAGCCCUUUGGAAAUGCCAUCCCAGUGCAAGGCUCUAGUUUGUGCUGUGCUACACUUUAGUUUGUGCUACACUUUAGAAACUCAGCAGUUAAUGAUAUUAAAUGUUUUGGUCAACUAUUCUCUGUAUUUCCCCCUUGUUCAAUGCAUACUUCUAAUGCUAUAUUUAAAUGCACAAAAUAGAAUUUUAAAAAUGGGAAGUCAUCACAACUCUCCCAUAAAGUGUAACAAAAUCUCUUCAUUUACACUGAGCAUGAGUGGCAUCUAACAGCUCAACUCUGCUAAAAAGCCCUAAAUUUAAAAAGUACUAUAUAGGUGGAUUUUAUACCCAUAUUUAAAACUUAAUAUAUACAGUGAUUGUACAAAGUAUACUGUGGUAUCUGUUGUCUUUCCAAGAGCAAGCAUUUUAGAAACUAUUUUCGUGCGAGAGUAGUUCACCCACCCUUCAUAUAGAUACUGGCAAAGAGGCUUCUACAAAACGAACUGGAGAUGUUGUCACUGAUUCAACUCUGUUUUGGUCAGAAUGGAAAAAUAUUUUUGUGCUGAGCCAAUGCAACACUUAGUCAUACUAGCAGAUUGUUAGUUGACUUUGUCAGGUGAUUAUUUUUUUUCUUGUGAGGAAACUUUGACUGUAAACACAAUCUUUUUUUCCUUUAAGUACUGUUUUCUCUUGUUUGUCUUUAAACAAAAUAAAAACUUUCUGACUUGCUUCAGAAGCCCAGCUAGUCUGUUCUAGGGUUGCUGUACGUCCAAAUUUUUCCCAGACAUAUCUGGAAUACCGCAGUCAGCAGCAGUGUCCAGGCAGAAAUUGGGGAAAUGUCCGGGAAAAUCUGGACGUAUGGCAGCCCAUGGCAGCAGUGCCUUUUUUGCCAUUUUUCCAUAAAGGUAGCUCAAAAACAGCAUUUUUUGUGCUUUUGCCCCCACAACAAAACAACUUUGACAAAAUUAAUCAAUCUGUGGAUUUUCACUGUUUAAAAUAUGGCAACCCUAUGUGUUCUGGAUUUUGAAAUGGUUGCAAAACUGUCCUCUGUACUAUGCAAAAUGGCCCACCAGGCUGUUUUAUUAAGCUGCUGUCACAAAUGAAAAAGGCAUUCUAAAUUCUUAAAACUACUUGAGCAGGGGGAGUUGAUGGAUUUCUGUUGUCAAAUGAAGCACAGAUGCCAGAAGGCACUCCUUAGAUUCUUUAGCCCACACUUUGCAUUCUUUUACUGAAACAGAGAGGGAAACUAUUUCUUCCUUAAAGUGAACUGCUUUGAGGAAAAAAAUAAUGUACUAUGAAAAGAACUGUAGAACUUAAGUGAUAAACUGGUAUAUUCAUAGGCACCCAUACCAUACUUGUGUUGCUUAUAUAGGGUAAGGGGUUUGUGUGCAUAUGCAUAUGUGCCUGGGCACCCUUGAGGCAGAUUUUGCAGGUGCAUGGGGAGAGGAGGUGAAGGGAAACUCUAGUUUUGUGAGUGGAACGCCCCACAUGCAGCGUUGAAUACAACCUGAGGUUAUUUAAAUCCUGGCUAAUAGAAAUGGAUCUCAUUUGCCACUGCAGUAAAUAUGCCAGUGAGAAUCUUCCAAAGGCGGGCAAAAUGCCAUUAGCCUGUUGAAGCUGAAGCUUAAUGGAAACGAUUUUUUAAAAAACGCUUUUACUCAGGACAUAAGACUCAACAAACAACAGCUUGCAGUGAAUGAGCAAGUGUGCUAAUACAUGCUGCUCAAAGUGUGCUGCAUCUCUCCUCCCAGAACACUAGGGUGGUGUUAAGUGCCAACCAGUGCUCUUGGUUUAUCUCUCGCCAAACCAACCAUGAAAGGAAGCAAAGAUUCAUUCUUUGGUAGGAACAAACCAUGAGUGCUGGUUCAUAUGUAAUAUUAAGCUUCUGGUUUGCUUCUUCUGGGUACAUCACGGGGAGAAGGGUGGGGGAAGUGAGAUUCGAGCCCUGGUUAUCGGCAUGCUUUCUUGCUCAUGGUAAGGAAUCUGUUGUUGAGCCUAUGGCUUACCAUGACAUGUGAACUGGCCUACUGCAGUUUUAUUUUGUUAAAUAAGAAAGCAAAUCAAGUUGCUUUAAGUUUCAGCCUUUGAAAAACGUUUUGUUCUGUUGCUUCUUUCAAAAGAGAUCUUGAGUUCAGAGCACGGAAUGAGUACUUCAGAGCUUUCUUCCGGUUACCAAAGAAGGAAAAGCUGCACGAAGUUGCAGAUUGUUCCCUGUGGACUCCCUUUAGCCGCUGUCACACAGUUGGAAGGAUGUUUGCCUCAGAUAGCUAUAUCUGUUUUGCUAGCAAAGAAGAUGGCUGCUGUAAUGUUCUAAUUCCGCUUGUAGAGGUUAGUCUUUUGUCACUUUAAAAAUCCAUAAUUCUUCUAACGAACCACCUUUCUGCUUAAAAAGAUACUUAAAUGUGAGAACAGUUCUAUCUAUUUGUUUAUCCUAAGCUGUUUAACAACUCAUUGCGCAUAUCCUUCAGGUAAUGUUGAGCAGUUAUGUGGUACUUAACAAUCAGUCCAGGGUUGCCAAUUAAAAAGUAAUUGGCUUCUCUCCACUGAGCAAUAUUAAUCAUGGAUGUGCAGCUCUAUAAAAUGUGUUCACAGCAAACUUUGCCACCAGCUAAUGUGAAAACGCUGUAGAAAUUCUUAAUUCAAACCAGUUACACUCUAACAAUCUUUAGCCAAUCUGCUAUGCUCACAAUGAAUUUUCCCUACCCUUUCCAUGCAUGCUUAUGUGUUGAAGUGGGAUUUCUAAAAGCUGCUUGCGGGGAUGAAGGUAGGGAGUUCUUCUGGUUUGCACCUUUGGAGUCUGGUAAGCGAUCUUGCUUAGAUCCUGACACACAUAAAGAGCUACUCCAGGCACUCCUGAGUACUCAGGCAAGUGGGUUCUUUCGUCCUUUGAGAGGCAGGCCUUCGUGCAGAAUCAAAUUAUUUGUCAUACUUUUCUGGGUUUUAAAAAAAGGGUUUGCUGUUAUGUCUAAAGAUCUCUUGGGCAAUGGAACCAGUAUGAUGGUCCUUUGGAUGCAGACCUUGGUGUUCCCCAUCAUAAAGUUUAUCACAAACUACCUGAAGAAAAGCAUAGACGUUCAAGUUUGUACAUUAUUUGUUUAUUCUAUUUAUAUCCCACCUUUUAUCCAAAGAGCCCAAGGUGUUGUAUACAACUUCCCCCCACUCUCCAUUUUAUCCUCACAACAACCCUGUGAGGUUGAGCAACUGUGACUGGCCCAAGGUUGACCCAGUGAACCUCAUGACUGAGUGAGGAUUCAAAUUCUGGUCUCCUGUGGCCUAGGUCUGGUAACUCUAGCCACACUGACUCUCACACUGGUGAUGUCAAAGGCAACCAGAUCCUCUCUGGUUUACUUCAAAAAUAAAAAGCAUAUUGAGUUAGAGGGGUUCUUGACAUGGGAAGAAUGUACAGCACAGGAUUUUCAAAAUAAAAAAAUAGUUACCUUAGACAGGUUUUUCUUGUUUCCACCCCUACAUUCCCUGACCCAUUAACAAAGAGCACAGACUUAUUUGCUGUUUUUUUCUGUACCUUAUACUAGGUUUUCAAUUUUAUUGGCAUUGGGAAAGAUCUCUGAUGUGAAUAUAUAUAUUGUGUUCAUUUUUUUUAACAGGUGGCUAGUAUUGAGAAGAUGGAGGACACUAGCCUUCUUCCCAAUCCUAUCAUUAUUAGCAUAAAAAGCAAGACGGCCUUCCAGUUCAUUGAGCUGAAGGACAGAGAUACCCUGGUAGAGAAUCUGCUUCUAAGAUUAAAGAAAGUGAAGGCUAGCAACGCAUCGCUCCGUAGAAAUUUGAAAAGCAAAGAGACGGUAUUAAAUGUCUAACCUGUUCCAGCUGUAUGCUCAGUAUAUUUUGCUAGUACCUUUUAAACUAGAAGAAAGGCUUACUAGUAUUAUAAAUGGGUUCAUUUUUUUAAAGAUAAGGUGUAACAAAAAAAAGUUUAAACAUGUUCCCUUUCCCGAUGUGGCUUCAGAGAUAAGAAAUGCAGGUCUAGUAGGGAAAAAGCUGGAGGAUAACCCCGAUUUGUAAUCCACUUCUAGCUAGAGGAAAGAGGAUGGUAUAUUUUGAAGAUAUAAGGAAGAAAAGUUAGUAGUUGCGCUCAUGACAUCUGCUUAGUCCCGUGUGUGCACUUACUAUAGUUCUGUGUAAAUUUAUAGCUGUAACACUCCUUAGUUUAUAUUUUCAUCAUCUACAUAAUUAGUUUCACAUCUAAUUUGCCAAAUAGUGUAGAAGAGCAAAAAAGUGUAGUGAGCAUAGUUGAAAUAUAUAUCUAAAGAGAUGGCAUGACAGGCUUGCGUUUACUGGAGUAUUAAAUUCCUUUUACUUGCUAUGGAUUUUGUGUAUGGAUUAGAGGCAGUUCAUGGGAUCUUUUAUUAAUGUGCUUUCAGCUGGCUUCAGGUGCUUCUUAUUCCAAAGCAGAGAAAAUAAAGUCAGUUGAUAAACAAGUUUAGUAGAUGCUUAGUUGUUGUUAUCGGAUCUACACAAUAAAGCUUUCAAACGGAUUCUCUUUGUUUCCCCCCCUUUACUUGUGCAGCAAAAUUCUCAUUCAACACAUGCCGAUUAUGAACUUGGGAACUUGGGGAUAGUAGCUUCACAAAGCAAUAACGGGAAUGAAAAUGACAGCAGCAGUAGACACCUGCUGAAUGCAGAGGCCCUGAGUUCAGCAUUUCAUCCUUCUGGAAUAGAUGGUCUGGAUUUUAGGAUGGUAUGUAAAACCACCAUUUUAGUUAUUGGGGACAUUUGAAAAGCUUGUUCACAGUCUCUCCUUGCAUUAUAUGACAUGCUAUUAAUAUUACAUAUAUUUAAGUACCAGGCAAAAACGUUCCUCUCCCCCCCAAGCCUUUGGCUAAUUAAACAAUCUAUGGCCUUUUAAAUGGGGUGGGUGGGUUAUUGCUUCUGUUUGCUACUAUGUUAUAUUUUUGUGGGUUCAUAUUGUGAUCCUCGGAUGAAGGGCGGUAUAGAAAUCUAAUUGUUGUUGUUAAUGAUGAUGAACCUUUCAUUUUAAUUAUUAUUUGGGAGGUGGCAUUCUGAAAUUCUUCAAAGAUAGAGAGAGAAACAUCUGUCUGAACUAUAGGACUGAGGCCUUCCUUCCUUUGUUUACAUUAAUGACUUCUUUCCUUCUGCAAUCUAUUCUCCUUAGCCCAUUCCUUUGUAGCAUAUAUAGUAUAUACUUCCUACAGUACAUAGGAAAUGUUAUAGGUUCGAGCAGAUACUGUCUGUAUCUGAGCAAGGACCAUUUCUUCAUUUUGAAAUCGAAGUUGUAGAAACGGUUUUGCAAGUUGUUCCAUAGGAAUGAUUUAAUACCUCCUCAAAACAGAUGCAGGUUAUGUUGAGAAUAUGAUAAUGAGUUGUUACAAAAGCUUCUCAUUAUAGCGUCUUAAAAAUGUAGUGUAGGAAAUAGUCCCAAGAGACUGUGUGAUGCUCUGACUUUUCUUUUGGUGCAUUUCAUCAUAAUUGUAUAAGAUGGUUUGUGAUUGCGUAGAAACUGUUUCACAGUCGAAAGCUGCUAAAGUGGUGUAUAAUAAGAUAAAAAUAAGAUAUAAUGCAAAUGACUCAGUGAGCUUAAAAAGCAAUAAAACAAUAUCUACAAUUGUACAAUUAUUAUUGGAUUACAUGAGAUGUUUAGUUAGUUAAAUAUUGAAUGUUACUGCUGUGUUUUAUAUAAAUUGUUCAUAAGUGUUAUAUGUUAACUUGUAUUUUGUAUUUGUAAUAUUCUGCAGCCUUUUAAAUGUGUUUGUGGGAGGGGUGGUUAUUGUUGGUUUUUUUUACUUGUGCUUUAGUAAAGCAGCUUUACCUUGUAUUUGUAUCCUGUGAACUGCCCUGAAAUCUUGUGAUGAAGGGCGGUAUAAUAAUAAUAAUAAUAAUAAUAAUAAUAAUAAUAAUAAUACUACCCCACCCAUCUGGCUGGAUUUCCCCAGCCACUCUGGGUGGCUCCCAACUGAAUAUCAAAAACACAAUAUAGCAUGAAACAUUAAAAACUUCCCUAAACAGGGCUGCCUUCGGAUGUCUUUUAAAAGAAAGAUAGUUGCUUAUUUCCUUGACAUCUGAUGGGAGGGUGUUCCACAGGGCAGGCACCACUACAGAGAAGGCCCCCUGCCUGGCUAAUAAUAAUAAUAAUAAUAAUAAUAUGUUAGUUUGUCAUUGUGAAUCUGGUAUGGCUGGGAUGGAGAACUUGUUGUGGUUGGACUUCAGUUGUGGUUGGACUUCAUGAGCAUCUGCAUAUUCACUUUCCCUGUGCUAUUGUACUGAACUGUUUUUUAUUGUUUAGAAUGAUAGCUCAGUCAGUAGAGCAUGAGACUCUUAAUCUCAGGGACAUAAGUUCAAGCCCCAUUGUGGGCAAAAGAUUCCCACAUUGCAGGGGGUCGGACUAGAUGACCCUUGUGAUCCCUUCCAACUCUACAAUUCUAGGAUUUUCCUACAUUGAUUGUAAUUUUGAUAUUUAAAAUUGAUGAUUUAGCACUUUUUGCCAGCUGUUCUAGACUUCUUGCUAGAAGGAAAAAGCAGGAUAUAAGUAUUAAAGGAAAUUAGACAUUUCCUAAUUUUCUGCUUUCCCUGUUGCAUAACUGGAUAAUGGCUCGCAUACAGGCUUUCCAGAUAAUAUUCAUAUUUGCAGCUGUCUUCCUGCUGCUUUGGAGCGGCAUAAAUAUUGACCAAUAUACAGGACUGUAAUAGCAUUCUGUAGUGUAUUUUUUGUUGCAUUGUCCAUCACUACAAACAAAUAGCUUUCUCUGAACGAGAGGCUAUUCCAUUGCAUCAUGACUUGUAUAAAUAUGAUGGAUUUAACAUUCCUCUCUUGGCUUUCAGUCUAGGGAGCAAAUCAAAGAGAGCCUGUGGAAUGAUCACUUUGAUGAGUAUGGCAGAACUGUCUGUAUGUUCCGAACAGAAAAAAUCAGGAAAUUGGUUGCUAUGGGAAUUCCAGAAUCUUUACGAGGCAAACUGUGGCUCUUUUUCUCAGGUGAGAAUUCUGUGGUGUGACUUUUCCAAGAAACCUGACCAGGUACAGUGGUACCUCAGGUUACAUACGCUUCAGGUUACAGACUCCGCUAACCCAGAAAUAGUGCUUCAGGUUAAGAACUUUGCUUCAGGAUAAGAACAGAAAUUGUGCUCUGGCGGCGCGGCAGCAGCAGGAGGCCCCAUUAGCUAAAGUGGUGCUUCAGGUUAAGAACAGUUUCAGGUUAAGUACGGACCUCCGGAACGAAUUAAGUACUUAACCCGAGGUACCACUGUAUUUCACCAUGGAAAGAAGCAAGUGAGAAAGGGAAAUGAGCUAGAUUUAUGGCCCCAUUUAAUUUUCUAGUAAUGGAAAAGAACCAGGUGAUUUGGGUACAGCCCAUAGAGAGAGAAAUGUUUCGCUGCUAGCUACUUAGGACUAUAGGUAAUUAAAUUAUACCCAUUUGUUUCAUACAAAUGGUAAGUAAUAAAGGUCUUUAUACCAAAAUAAUAGCCUUUAUAUCAGCAGACAUUGCUGAGAUGUUAUACUUGGCACAAAAAACUGAAAUGAGAAGCUUAAGACUUCCUCUGCCAUUUCCUUUGCUACAAGCUAAAAGCAGGACUGUUGGAAUAAGAUAACAAUCUCUGAUACAGUGUUUGUGAUUCAGAUAUGCAACACUUGCACGAUUAAACCCUUCUAUUUGAAAUGGGAUUUAAGACAGAGAAUCUUAUACUGCUGGCCCCAUAUUUAUGUAAAUUAGCAAGUUUUACCAUAUAUAGCAAGUUAGGUUAUUGAAGUAUUUUCAAACUCACAUUCCUUCUUCUGCACAGUGUUUCAUAUUACAAAAAUGUAGUUGUGUGUUCCUGAGUAAUUUUGAUUUAGGAAAAUGUUUGAUAUUCAGUAUCUAGUUUCACAUAGUUGUUCCUUUGACAAAUAACAUAGUUUUAAGAUUAUAUUUGGAUUCAUAACUAAUUUUCAGUUCUUGCUUUUCCUCUUCUUCAGAUGCUGCAACAGAUUUGUAUACCCACCCUGGUUACUAUGAAAACUUAGUGGAGGUGUCCCUGGGCAUGUGUUGCAUAGCAACAGAGGAAAUAGAACGUGACUUGCAUCGCUCGUUACCUGAGCACCCUGCCUUCCAGAGUGAAACGGGCAUAGCUGCAUUGAGGAGAGUUUUGACAGCUUACGCACACAGAAACCCCAAAAUUGGGUACUGCCAGGUAAAGAAAGAUCCGUUACGCCACCAAUUUGCAGAUGAACUCCUUCGAAAAUGACAGGCUUCAGCAUGUUAAGGGAGAUGCACUAAGGCAGGGGGGUGGUCAGUAGAAAAGGCGACAGCUUCUGUCUCACCGUUUCCCCAGUGUCACUUUCUAUGUGAAGUGUAAUUGGACAGCUUACUCUCUGUGCAAGUUAAGAUGGAUCCACUGUGCUGUGCUUCAUUUAUUUCUUCUCUUCAUUAGCAAUGUGGCCAUUAGGGAGACUACCUGUGAAAUGCCUCUCAGCUUCUGUGAGUUCUUUCUGUUUGUAGGUGGCUUUGAGCAAAGGUUUUUCUCAGCUCUGUAUCCUGAGAUCAGUUAAAUGGAGAUGCUAGAAAGCAGCUGUGCUGUUGCUGAACUCUAAGACCCCUCGCCUUGAGAAGAUAUUUUGUCUUGGGUUACAGUUGAGGAGACCCACACCAUAUUUUUGUCACUUUCAGAAGCUUAUAGGGAAAGAGUGAGAACUCAAUUCUGGAGCAAGCUUUUGUUGUCUAUUUCAUUACUCCUACAUUGUUAUACAAACACUAAAUUAACAGAAGUCCCUCGCUAUGUAGGUUGAAAGCUAUAUCCAUACGUUUUGUGCUCCUAGUGGUGCAGCAAUAAAACUGCUAGCACCUUUUCAAAGCUAACUAGGGUCCAGUAUGGUUUCAAAUUUGAUGGGGAAAUGUCUGUACAUAACCUUUACGUGGGUUAUUUAACCUCAGUUCUAAUGAUUUUAUUUUUUUUAAGCUCUCAUUACAUGUUUUUAAAAGGUGUCACGGCAACUAAAAUUGUCUUCUUUGACUUUCUAACAGUCCAUGAAUAUCUUAGCCUCUGUUUUGUUGCUGUAUGCCAAAGAGGAAGAAGCAUUUUGGUUGCUCGUCGCUGUGUGCGAGAGGAUGCUUCCAGAUUACUUUAAUCACAGGGUGAUAGGUGAGAGUCUCCGGUUCGCUUCUUACUCUCUCUACUGAUUCCCAGGGAAAUAAAACAGUCAACACGCUGUAUAUCAGGGCUUGGGAAACGUUGGUUCUCUAGAUGUUGUUGGACUCCAGUCCCCAUAGCCAGUGCUCAGGUAUAAUUGGAGUUUUUGUCCAGCAACAAAAACUGGACAGGUUCCCAACCCCUCCUGUAGAUUUUCUAUUAACUGAAUUUGGUGACAUAAACUCUGUUCUAUAUUAAACCCUUUCUUCUCUUGAAGUUUUUAUAUGGGCAUUGGAUUCUUUAUAUUGGGCAGUAUAAAAACGGCUCCAUGGCUUAUUUUUCAUAGUUGAGAUUAGGUUGCGUAUUGUAUGUGUAGCGGAGGGAAAUACUGUGCUCUGUUUUUAUUUCAUCAAUCCCCUGUUGCCACUUUCUUUUGACAGUCGUUUCAGAUAGUACUUACGUUUUAUUGCACUUUUUAUAUUGAAGUGUUAAGUUCUGCCAUAUUAUUAUUUCAUAGAUGCUCCCCAAAGGGUGUUACAGAUGCUUUCCCCACCCCCCUUUUAAAAAGCUUUGAGACCAUUCAAUAACUCAGUAUUGUUAACAGUAUCUGUUAAGAGGAGGAAUGAGGCUUGAAUUCAUAAAAUAAUUGUAUUAAAUUAUAAAGCUAGAGGAAUUACUUAUUUCAACCUUGGCUAACGUUAUCUGCUGUGAUUUCCAGGUGCUCAGGUGGAUCAGUCUAUAUUCGAAGAGCUAAUCAAGGAGCGGCUGCCAGAACUGGCCGAACAUAUGAAAGACCUUUCCACACUGGCUUCCGUUUCCCUGUCAUGGUUCCUCACUCUCUUUCUCAGUAUCAUGCCCCUAGAAAGUGCUGUUAAUGUUGUCGACUGUUUCUUCUUUGAUGGGAUCAAAGCCAUUUUCCAGUUUGGCUUGGCUAUCCUUGAAGCCAAUGCUGUAGAACUGUGCAACAGCAAAGAUGAUGGACAUGCCUUGAUGAUUCUGAGCAGGUAUUGUUCUGACUACUAUGUUUCAGUGCUGCAAUGCUAACACUGCUGCUUCAAAAAGAAAUAAUUGUUUAUUUAACAGUAAUAAAAUGAUACAGAGAAACUUGUUCCGAACAUUUAAUGACAACGCUUGCCUCCCUACUAUGCUUUUUAGUAGCUGUUUUCAAAGAAAAGAACCACAUAUUCCAGAAACUUGAUAAGUCGUUGCUACUUUUAAUUUCUUCCCUAAAGCAAAAAAAAUUGCAGUUCCUGGCUUCAUAAAAGGAUAUGAUCACCUGGGAACAGCUUCUAGGCAGAGAACAAGCCUGAUCUGGUUCAGUAAGGUGUUUAUUUAAAAAAUGAGAAGUGAAAUCUAGGACUGCUUUCCACUGAGUGUAACAGAGUGCAUUAACAGAAAGUGGAUUUAAAUGUUUUUUCUUUAUUUAUUUCAGGUUCUUAGAUCAUGUUAAGAAUGAGGAAAGCCCUUUGCCCCUGAUUGGCAACCAGCAUGCCUUUUUCAGUGAUGAUAUAGAGCCCUGUCCUACAACAGAAAUAGCAGACCUAAUUCGGGAUUCUUAUGAGGUAACAGUGAAAUGGUAGUUGGAAGUUCUGGUUGGAAACUCACCAAAUAUCAGUUUUAUGUUAACUUGAGUCAAAAUACAGAUAGCACAACUGUGGUGAAUAUGGUACAUGUUCUGGUUUAAACAUACUGACUAUAUUAUAUAUUUUAAAAUGUACACUGAGAUGCAGGCUGAAGCAAAAAUCGAUUCUUGUAUUUUAGAAAUUUGGAGACCAUUCUGUGGAGCAGAUUGAGCACAUGCGCUACAAGCACAGGAUCCGUGUUCUGCAAAGCCACGAAGAAACCACUAAACAGAACGUGGUGAGAAUGCUCAAAAGUUAGAAUGUUUCAUUUAUUUUAAAAUUGUGCUAGGCACAUGCCAUAAGCAGGGUUUUCUACAGUGCUCAUAGAUUGAAACAUAUGAAAUUAUACCUAACGAUUAAUUUUGAUUUUUAAAAGGAGCAAAAUGUGACACAGAGCUGUUCAGUAUUGUGAAUGGCACAAUCCAUAUGAAAAGUCUCUGCUUUAAAGCUGCGGAAGGAGAGGAGUUAAGCCACUUGUGAUUUUUUAGUUCUGUUUCUUGUCCAAAUGGGAAAGUGCUUCUCUGCCUCACAAAUAGGGCAAGGGGACAAAAUCUGGGCAGGUGAACUUGGUAGCUCUGCUUGUGAGCAAAUUAGUCCAGCAAGCGGCAGACACCUUGCUGUAAACUGAAAGGGCUAGGGAUCUUGGCACUGGAGGGCAGCAAUAGAUUAUCUCUCAUUCCCUGUUUUUCUGCCGUGUAGGAGAAAGUUGUUGAUCCUUAGUGUUGGGUGGGCAAGAGAUAGAGAGAUGACUUGAUAAAACAGGUGUCAGAUUACGAUUCUAAAACAAGACAAGAAGGUAACACACAAGAAAGGUGGAAUACCUAAGCAUUCCAGAUUUUAACUAUACUAAGUUGCUGUGAGAAGUGAUAUUGCCAGCAGCUAUGCCAGGUUACCACUAGGCUCACUCCUGUUUUCUCUUAAGCUUAGAGUUGUCAUCCCGGAUGUCUCCAUCGCUCCAGAAGACUUGGAAGAACUGUAUGGCUUGUUUAAGGUAUGCAAAACACUGAAAAAAUGCAUGUAAUCCCAGAAAAGAAUAUUGUAUGGUUAUAUUCUGUGUUAGCCAUACAGUGGUGCCCCGCAAGACGAAAAACUCACUAGACGAAAGGGUUUUGCGUUUUUUGAGUCGUUCCGCAAGACAAAUUUCCCUAUGGGCUUGCUUCGCAAGACGAAACGUCUUGCGAGUUCUUGCGAGUUUGUUUCCUUUUUCUUAAAGCUGCUAAGCCGUUAAUAGCCGCUAAGCCGUUAAUAGCCGCUAAUAGCCGUGCUUCACAAGACGAAAAAACCGCAAGACGAAGAGACUUGCUGAACAGAUUAAUUUCGUCUUGCAAGGCACCACUGUACUCAGGUCUAUCUAUAGAUCUAUAUCUAAGCUUAUGGAUCUUAGAAAGCAACCAGAUAAUUCUGUCUUGCAUACUAUUAGUUUUGCUAUUUCCUUUUUAUCCUUGGUAGCUUUUUCAAGGAUGUAAAAAGUGUGUGUGUGUGUGUGUGUGUGUGUGUGUGUGUGUGUGGAACCUGCAUGCCUUCAGAUGUUGUUGGACCCCAAACUCCCAUGGUCAGUUGUCAGGGAUGAUAGUUCAACAGCAGCUGGUGGGUCAGAUUCCCUUCUCCUGUUCUAAAGGAGCCUUUGAAACUGCUCCUUUUCCCUGUCAAUGUCUUUUUUUAAAAAAAGGUAUAGGGUAAGUUGGAUGGAGAACACAGGCCCAGAGUGCCAUUUGCAGCACUCCUCUGCCUAGCCUUAGCAACUUUCAGCAGGCCAUAGUCUGCUCUGCCCCCUUCUUGGCUGCUUUUGUGUGGAUGGAAUGUGUUCUAGGGUGGUGGAAAUGCCUCCUACUUGGCUGCAUUGAGAGGGGUGCACGUAGCAAACAUACUGGAAUGUAGUUACUGUGCAAAGGCAAGAGCCAUAGUCAAGAGUGCCUGCAGGUUCAUUGUUUUACGUCUAGAUUUUGUAAUUGUAUCUGGGUCUUUCCCCCUCUAAUGUUUCAUUAUUUUUAAAAAAUUCUCCUUAGAAAGAACAUCUAAUAAGCUGCUACUGGGAAUGGAAUAGUGCAGUUGUAAUUCAGCGCCACAAUCCAAGCAGACCUUACGCAGAGCAAUACAGAAUUGACUCUCUGCAGUUCACUAACCUGUAUAAACUUGUUUCACCCUGGACAUGUGGUGAACAUACUGAAGUUCUAGCAGAAAGGACAUUCCGGCUUUUGGAUGAAAACAUGGACCAUCUCAUUGAAUUCAAAGCUUUCGCUGGCUGUUUAGGUAAAUACAUCUCUAAAGAUGCAACUGCCAUUGGGAACUUAUCAGAAGAGGGUGUGCAGAAAUACACCAGUCAGGAUGACAGAAUGUCAUGUGGUGUGCGUGUUCCUGGUAAUUUGUCUCUUUUUAGGAUUCUUCCAGGUCACAAAACUGUUUGUGACACCCUUGCAAUGGGUCCCGAGAUUUUAUGCUGUUGUGUACAAAGAAAAUGUGGAAGCUUCAAAUAUGCUUUUCCACAAGACUUACAUUAAUUUAACAGUCCUCUCUUUGAAUCCCUUAGUGCUUGUGGAACCACUAAAAUCUUAGCCUGGCCAAAGGAUAGGAAGUAGCUUCCCUUACAGGUGGCUUAGAUUGGUCUUUAAAAACUGCAAGUGUUUUGUUUUUCAGCACAAGGCCUUAUUUCUAUCUGAAAGUCUCAGGAGGCUUUUGAGAUGCAAACUGGGGACAAUAGGCAUUCUUAAUCAAGUGCUUUCCAGCCCACAGUUCAGUUAUAUGACUUUUGAUAUUUACACAAGGAUCAAGCGCGUAGAUAAAGUUCUAAACGAAAUUGUCUGCGGAUACUAUGAUGGUUUCUCACAUAAAGAGUUUUAUUCCUUCGUGCUUCAAGUGUGAAGGUCGAGCCUCUGAUACACUUUCUUCCUCACACAGAUAUUAUGUAUAAUGGAGAAAUGAAUGAAAAGAUAAAACUGUUGUACAAGCUGCACAUUCCUCCUGGUAAGAAUCUUACAGGAUCCCCCUCCCAUUUUGUACUGCUUGCAUCAUCCUAUUUUUGUUAUAUUAUGGUAAGCCAGUGUGUUUAAAGUGCAGUUGUAUACAGUGACUCAGCUUUGAUAUCCUGCAGUUUCUUCCUGCAGCACCACUUGCCCUCCCUUUAUAUGAACCAGUAACAUUCCUCCUAUAACAGGCUGUUCAUGAUGGGUCCAAAAUGUUUGUAUGAAGUGAGGCUUUUGAGCCUCUCCCUCAGCCCUAGGGGCCACAACUGAAAACAAGGAAAAAUGUAGGAACCCACAAGGAACUGUUACGCCUAAAAUAAACAUUUUGUGAUCAUCAAUGGUCUUUUUUGUAGCCCUCACAGAAAAAGACAGGGACAGCCAAUCACCACUGAAGAAUCCUUUGUUGUCAACUUCAAGGCCGCUAGUAAUUGGAAAAUCAAAUGGUAAGUGAUCUGGUUUGCAAAUGGGUAUCUGCUUCCACCUACCCUGCCCCAACUUAGCAUAUGGAAUUCAUUAGCUGUGCUAAUGACCACCACCUUGGAUGGUUUUUAAAAGGGCUUAAAACAAAAGCAGACUGUCAGUGACGGAUGGCUAUAUCCUACACAUGAUAUCUGCAGGUUCAGAGGCAGUAAGCCAGUGAGCUUGUUCCUGGAGAACCUAUUUCCCCCACGUCCUGUAUUUGAGCUUCACAAGAGGAAUCUGGCUAGCCACUGGAGGAAACAGGAUGUUAGACUAGACUUUGGUCCGAUUCACCAGAGCUCCCGAAAUUCAUUUUAUUUACAUUUUCCUUCCUCCUUUGUUGAAAUGAAUUGUAAUGUCAUUUAUAUCCUGCUCUCCAGGUGACACCAUAGAUUAUCAGAAACAACUGAAGCAGAUGCUGAAGGACUUAGCCAAAGAAAAAGAUGCCAAGGCUGAGAAAGAGCUACCAAAAAUGUGCCAGGUAAGACAUGAUGAGAUGUUAGAUGCUUACGUUGUCAAAACUCUGAGAACUGCAUCUUAUCGGUCUGCCUAAGCCACUUCUGCAUUUGGUCACCUAUUUAUGUGUGGAGCAAACAUGUAACGUUAGCCUCUAGCAACUCAUUAUACUCAUGAAAAUGCUCAACGCUCAAGGGAAGUUGGCUUAUUUGGACAAAAUCUAUGUUCAGGGAUGGGAAACCUGUUGACAAACAUCUGGCAGUGGUGGGGUGUGUGGAGACGGUGGUUCUUCUUUUCCCCCACCGGCCAAUUAAAACAAUCUAGAUGUCACCAUAUCUAAACUGGAACCAACUACAGUAAUGCAGGCCGCUCCCUGACCCAACAUAGAGUGAGAAUGGAUGUCUGAAGAGAAGCCUUUCCUUGGAGCCUUGCACACUCUGGUCCUAGUGCAGUCCAAUUUGAUUCCACAGAAACCUACGCAUCUAGGCUUCCCUUCUUCCGCUGUCCCAUGUUCAAUUUGGGGAGAUACACAAUGUCAGCCCCCCCUCCCAAGCUGUAUAGCCCUCCUUCGCUUUAACAUAUGAAGUGGGCUAAUGAAGUAUCUUUUGGGGGCUGCGGAUAAAUUAAAUCACUUGUUGCCUUACCAUUUUAGGUAUGUCCAAUUGAUAUGCAGGUCCUUUUGUACCUAGAAUAGGGCAGAAUGGGAGAAGGGCACAGCAGGAACAGAACCCCACACAAAAUGGUUGCCACCUGUAUAAGAAAUGUCUUAGGUAGACUUGUGAGAAUUCCUGAAAAGUGUCAGUCAUUGUGUUUGCCAUGUAUCUUGGAACACUCUGCAUAGCAUCAGCAAUGGAGUUUACUCUGGGAGUUACCACUGUGUGCCUGUUUCAACAGUUACUCCCAGAAACAUUAAACAGGGAUUUCUGAGGAAGUGACAUUCUAGUACUUGGUCCAUCUUGGUUCCCAACAAACUGCUAGGGAACCGAUUAACCAUUAAACUGCCUGUUUGUGAACCAUAUAAGCAAAGUUUGUGUAAUUGCUUUGAGGAUUAUAAAUGUGCAUGUUAAUUCCUUUCCCUUGCAGGCAGGUAGUAUUAGUUAUCUAUUAUAGUCUUUCCAUUUUUAAGGCUGCAGGGCAGGCAACAAACAAAAAAAUGCAUGUCAUGUUUUUCAGCGAGAGUUCAUCCAGUUCUGCAAGACCUUGUACAGCAUGUUUCAUGAAGACCCAGAGGAGAACGAGUUGUAUCAAGCCAUUGCCACAGUGACUACUUUGUUACUCCAGAUUGGAGAAGUGGGUCAGAGAAGCAGCAGUUCAGGCUCAGACGACUUUACUGAGGACUUCCAGACUGAGGCAUCUACCUCUGAUCAAGAUGUGGUUUUUACUGACACUGUGAAGACCCCAAAGAAUGCAGAGUCUUUACCAAUAACUGAUGGGGAUUGGAUUGUUUCAUUUGAACACAUCUUGGCUUCACUAUUAACUGAACAGUCACUUGUCAACUUCUUUGAAAAAUCCUUAGACCUGAAAUUAAAACUGGAGAAUGCAAGGGUAGCUCAAUAUACCUUCAAAACAAAUGGCACCAGCCAAUCAUCACGAGGUGAGACCGAACCUUUAAGUGUACCAUAGCAAAUGUCCCAGGCAGUUCAUGUUACACCAAAGCGCAUCUUGCAACAUUAAGUUUUUUGGACUAUUUUGAUACAUUUUCAGUUGAAGAGCUUUAAAACCAAAACACAUUUAAUGUGGUUUUGACAUUUGCUUUCUUGAAUGUAAUUUAGGAAGAAAAGGCCAUCUUCCCUUUGAAUACUGCUGCAGAUGUGUUAAUAUUUCAAAGACAAAAAGCUGAACUCCUGGUUUGAAAGUGUCGCCUGACUGCAGGUUUUAUGUACAGUUGCCUUUUUUGCACUAAUACCGAAUACUUGUUUCAAUGCUGGUAAUUGAAACCAUUAAUAUAUUAAUAUAUACAAAUCAAGACAUCAAGAUUUGUAUGUCUUGCUGAAUGUUCAGUGUACAUGGACUGUGCUUUUCAUGUCUCUGUGUGUGCACAUUUCAAUAAAAAUGCCUUUGUAACUUUUGCUUUUCAAAUAGCACCUUCACCUUCAAAAUGAAUCUGCAGUCAUUCACUCUUCCACACUGCUGUCUUAAAAUUGAUCUGUUGCUCCUGGACCAUCAAAGGAAUAUCAGUGCUGGCUGAGGCUGACAGGAGUUGCAGUCAACAGAAGACCAAAGAUUUAAUUUCACAUCCUAGGGAGCUUUGUGAAGAAAUAUUUAGCCAGCCAGUUUGGGAGCCAAAGCAACCUGAAUCGCC